GUGAUGAUAUCAAUUGUCAAGAAUUUAAAUGUGACAUUCAAAUUGACAAGUUAUCUUCUAUUUCUUGGAAAAUUCCAAAAUUUCCAGGUAUGACAAUGGAAUUCAUUAUUGUACAGUUUCAAAAAGGAUGCAAGAUUUAUAAAGGUGUUUUUGAAAAACGUAGGAUGUCAGAUAUUCAGGCUGGGUCAUACACAUGUACCUCCCAAUGCCAAAUUGAAAUUCACAGUGAAAACUAUGUAGUGUUUGUGGGAACUGGUCAAAUCAAAGGUAACCUACAUCAAAGAUAAUUUUCAACCAUCUGAUUCAGACAAAGAGUAUGAAAAUGGAGGACAUAUUGAAGAUCAGUUAUCUGACAACGAUCAUUGUUUACCAUUUAAAGUUCUUGGAACAUCUUACAAUUCAGAUCUGCAGAGAGCCCUUGAUAAAGCGUAUUCAUAUCUUGAAGAGUACAACAGACCUGUUUUUGUAAAACUAGAGGCUGAACCAGAAAAUAUUGUUGACCGAAAUGCAAUUGCUGUGAAUGUAAUGUCAUCAGGAGAUUAUAAGGUGGGCUAUGUGGCAAAAUAACUGACAAGAUAUGUUCACCCAGUUCUCAAUGACCCAUUUCUUGAUGUUACAGUUAAAGAUUUGUAUCUGCACAACUUAUCGAAUGAUUGGGUUGUAUUUUGACAAUUAAUAUCACUAAGAAAGGGCUAUGGAACAAAACAGUGGUUACUGCAAGUAAAAAAGUAAUGUAAGUUCACUCUGUAAUAAAGAUAUUGUUUCAGUUGCCUGGUGUCUCUUGUGUUAAGGGGGGUGGAAGUGCCACAGGUUCCCUGUGAAACUUUGCUCUGGCAGUGAGCUGUCCCUUUUGCAGUAAGGAUACCCAGUUAGCAACGACUACACCUGGGUCUCCACAUCUUGACACUUUAACCUUGUCAAGCCUCUCCUUAUGACCAUUGCCAGAUGGCUCAUUAAAUGAUGGAAGCUCAAAUAAUAAUAAUAAUAAUAAUAAUACUAAUAAUAAUAAAAGCAUUUAUUUAAACACAAUGGUCAAUUUACAGCAUAGCUGAUGUGGUCAUGCAUGUGAAACUAACUACAAUAUAUAAAUAUAAACAUAAGUGUAAUCCAACUGUAAGUGAUCUAACAGAACAACAAAUUACAUGUCACAUAACUGAGAUACUAUUUUACACAAUCCAAACAAAUUAGCUACUUAAACCUAUGACAUCACAUUAUAGCACAAUUGUUAUAUUAUAUAUGACCAUCUAAUUUUCAGUCAGUAAUACCAAAACAUAAACUGUUUAGGAAAUAACUACGAAAUACUUUUGACAUGCGAGUAGAAGUGCUCUUAGCGAGAUUAACCGGCUAUGAUGUAAGAUAUAAGGCUAUGUUACGACAGGAUUUGAUUAAUUUAGCAAUAAAUUAGCUAGCCAUAUCUUAAUUAUUACUGUCUAUAAUUGCAACACCUUGACAAACUUUUUGAAUUUAGCGAGAGAUUCAGUUGAUUUAAGUUCUUUAUCUAGCAAAUUGCAGGAGUGACAGCCUGGUAAGAUAUGAUAGAUAGUCAGUGUUAGGUUUCGGUUGUACAUAAGUCAUUAUAUUUCUAAGUUCAUAGUGAUGGCCAGUUUUUAUGAAUAGAGACUGCAGUGUUGCACGAACCAAAUUAUAAUAGUUUUUAUAAAGUAAGCAUAAAGGUUGUUUAAACUUACUGUUCAGAGUAAACCACUUCACUUUUGCAAGAACAUCUUUUCCUGAGGUGUACCAAUCCAGGCCAAAGAUAACUUUUGCUGAUUGGACAUGUAUUCGUUCCAACUCAUAUAAAAAGUCUUUCCACAUGAACCCCAUAUCAAAAUUUCCGUAUGUGAUUGAAGGUAACACAACUUUGAAGUAAAAAUCUAGCUUUGCAUUAAUUGGCAAGAAGUACAAUGAUUUCAGUAGAUUGAGUUUUUGACUAAAGGACAGAAUUAAGUCCGAGACAUGACUGCUCCACUCCAGAUUACAAUCAAUUUGCAGCCCCAAACAUCUGGUCAUCAAUAUCUGGCAAAUCAUUACAAAAUAACGAGAAGAGAAUCGGACCGAGCAAAGAUCCUUGGGGUACACCAAACUUAACAGGCAUUGACUUCCGAUACAUGACCAUUGAUCACAGUCGCUUGAUGGCAAUUUGUCAGAUAGUUCUUUGUUCCCAACCAGAGAUUGUCCGAUACACCUUGUUCUUUGAGUUUCCUCAGCAAGAUUGGGUGAGAGAUCGAAUCGAAAGCCUUUUGAAAGUCCAUGUCAUGUAAUGCCUAUCUCCAAUCUUCAGUCAUUUUCACCAAGAAUAACUCUGUCGAAUGACCUUUUUUGUAUGCCCAUUGAUGAGUGUGGCUGAGCUCAUGUUCUACGAGGUGGGUGGUGAUGAUUUGGGACACACACGUCUCCAUGAGUUUGCCGGGCACACAGAGCAAGAAUAUGGGUCUGUAGUUACUUUUCUCUGUUUCAUUGUCCUUUUUGUACAGUGACAAAACAAUGGCAUUUUUGUAUCUGCAAAUGCAGAUACUAUGCUACAGUGUGUGUAAGUUAGUGACCUUUAGCCAAUCAGUAGAUACGUUAGUUAGUGGACUUUCUUUGCUUCUAGUUCUAGCCAAUCAGCGGUGGUAAUAUAUCAUCUGUUUUGACUGUAACUGCAAUUCCAUGCAUACUUUAUGUCUUAUAAUAUGAUCUAUGGAUACAAAUAGAGGCGAAUAUAUGCGAUACGAAAACCUUUAACAUUUUAAAAAGUUAAUUGAAUCGAGUGGGAUGCAGAAAGAAAACAACAGCAAAAAACAUCACAUUCUGUAAAUGCAACAUAUCGUUAAUCAAAAGAUUUGGUAUGCCGUUUGCUAGCUGCAAAAUUCGACCCACAGUUUGUAUACACGAUCUGUAAUAUAUUUUAGACUGCUCAAUUAGAUGUAUUAUAUUCUGUAGUAAGACUUUCUCAUAAUAUCAAUUCGAAUCUAGACUCUAGUUCAUUAGUUCGAUUCUUCAACGUAAAAUCCCCAAAACAACAACCUAUUGUCUUAUAGUCCACGCCCCUAUGACGCGUACGUAAUGUCCUAUUUAUAAAUGUCUAUUAAUAAACAAUAUCUCACACUCCCCCCUUGACCAGUCACAACUGGUCAAUCAUGGACUGUCUUUUCAAGUCUGUGUGUAUUGCCGCUAUUCUCCUUUGUCUUGUUGGUUUUUCUUCGUUCUGAAUGUCUGCAUCUUGUUUUGACUCCUUACUGUCCUCGUUUUUUCUUUCUUCCUUGAUCUCUAAUGGCACAAGUUUUUGAAUUGGACGUCGUAAUACGAUUGGUUUCCCUUUCUUAUUCACCGCUCGUAACUUUACACCUCGUACUUCACCGUCUUUACUUUUAAGCAAAGCUUCAACUCUAUCAAUCUUCCAUUGACUCCUAGGUAGACCUUCUCCUUGCACAAGAACUACUUCCCCAACUUCUACUUCCCGAACCGUAUUGUUGGUAUAUGUAAUAUUUCAAUGAAAUUCCCGUAGAUCAGCUAAGUACUCCUUGUUCCAUCUCGUCCAGAAGUGCUGCAACAAUUGACUCAAGUAUCGUUGUCUCCGUACAAUUGCAUUACUAUCUUCCCCACUGUCACUAAAUUCCUCUGGAUCUGGUAAUGUUGAUAUCCGCCUUCCGAUUACGAGAUGUGAUGGUGUCAAUGGUUCUCCAUCAGACAAUUCCAAAUAUACGUAAGUCAAUGGGCGAGAAUUGAGUGAUCCCUCAACUUCUGUCAACACCGUGGUUAACUCUUCAAAUGUUAAUCUCGCAUUUCCGAGUAUUUUACGUAGACUCCUCUUAACUAACUGUACCAUACGUUCAUAGUAUCCACCCCACCAUGGGGCACGUUCCAAUAUGAAGUUCCAUUUGAUCCUAACAGUUGUCAAGAACUCUUCCAGUUUCUUAUCUUUGAACAAUUCCGCAAGUUCCUUAUCUGCCUUUUUAAAGGUCUUAGCGUUAUCUGAUGCAAUGGAUACUGGAGUUCCUCUCCUUGCUAUAAAACGUCUUAAACAUCGAAUAAAAGCUGUAGUUGAUAAGUCAUGUACUAGUUCCAAAUGUAGAGCUCUUGAGGUAGAACAUGUGAAUAGACAUAUAUAUGUCUUCUUCAUCUGCUUUUUAGGGUCGCUAGUUUUUACAAACAAAGGUCCAGCACAAUCGACCCCCACAUGUGUAAAGGCUGCUGUUUCCUUGACUCUAUGUUCUGGUAAACUGGCUUGUUUAACCGGUUUAAAUGGUACACUAUGGACUUUCCUACACUUUACACAUCGGUUAAGAAUGUAUCUCACCAAUUGACGACCUUUUGGAAUCCAAUAUUUACUCCUUAACUCUGUUAGUGUCUCUUUUAUUCCUCCAUGCUUGACUUUCUUGUGACAGGACUCCACGAUCAAUUGAGAAAUGCUGUUAUCUCUCGGCAAGAGAAUUGGGCUCCUUGUUUCCACGUCAGUAGAUGCAUUUUCCAUUCUUCCUUUACAUCUGAUAAUGUGAUCUUUAUCGGCAUAAAGUCCGAGUUGGUUGAUCAGAUCUUGGUAAUUCUUCUGUUUCUUCACAUGUUCCUGUAUUUCUCUGAUCCAAAUUUUCUCUGCAUCAUCAAUUUCCUCAAUAGUGAGUGUAUUUGGCUUUAACAAUGGAUCAAUUUUACCACAGGCUUUCUUCGUUUUGAGAUUUCUAAUGAAUCUCUUAACCCACGCUGUAACACGAAACAACUUGGUUACGCUACUGUAAGACUUGUGGUCUAUUAUCUCUGAGAUUUUUGUUGAACCGACUGUUUCUGGUGGAUGUGUUUCACUAACAUUUGUCACAUUAACCACUGUGGUAUUCCCCUUGGUAGGUAAUUUAACGUGACAUUCUUUCAUGCACUCUUCGGAGAGUUCUACAUCACUUUGUGCAAACUCACGAUUUGGGUAUGCAGAGGGAUCAAGUGUUAACCAUUGCGGGCCUUUCAACCAUAAAUCAUUUUGUGCUAGCUCUGAGGCCUUCUGUCCACGAGAACCAAUAUCCACUGGGUUUUCUAAACCUGGGCAAAAUCUCCAAGUUUCUGAAUCAGUUAAUCGUAGAAUUUCGUCGAUUCUGUUUUGUACAAAUUGUUUAUAAUCCUUCUUACUAUAAUUCCUUCGCAUCUUUCCCGGUUUUCCAAUUCCUCGCGAAAAUUCUCAAGUAACGUAUUCAAAUUCCAUGAUUCGCCUGUCAUUUUGCGACCGAGUAAAAUGCGUAUUUCGUCGGGUAUUUUGCCGAUUAAAAUCGGUAAUAACAACGCUCCGUAUUCCGUGUCUGGCACGUCUAACGAUUUUAGCCCUCUCACGUGUGCUUCGAUUUGAUCAUAAAGACGCCGUAAACCUUUAGUAUCGGUAGAUGAACGUAGUUGUGGGAGUUUUAAUAAACUAUCCAUAUGGCUACUAAUGACAACUUGCUUGUCUCCGAAUCUUUGCUGUAAUAGUUCAAUCGCAGUUUCAUAGUUACUAUCUGUCAACGAUAAACCCUCGAUCGUGGCUGCUGCAGACUUUUCCCGUAAACUUUUUAAGUAAUUGAAUUUAUCCACGUCGGAUAACCCCGGAUUCUCAUGUAUUGCGCACUUAAAACUGUCCCAAAAUGCUUACCAUUCGCAUGGCUGUCCAUCAAAUUGUUUUAGAGUAAGUUUUGGCAACUUCGCAUGUUUUAUUGUCGAUUGAUAAUGUCCUGGUGUAGAUAGUUGCUGUGAAUCGUUCAUACUCAUAGACAUAGUUUCAUUCAUCGGUUUGGCCUCGAGCACGCUGUCGAUAUUUACAAUCAUUUCGUGAACACUCUCGCGAUAUUUUCCUGCUUCUUCGAUCUCAGUAGAUAUUUCCUCGUCAGCUUCGAUAAGCUCUAGAAUCUCUUCGUCAAGGGUCUUUAAAGUGUCCAAUCGUUCUUUUAGAGUGAUCCUGAUUUGCUUUAGUUUCUUUUCUUGAUUUCCAUCGUAGUUUUGAACAAUAUCAUCGGCAUUGCCCAGAAUCUUCGUAAGAUAAACUCUAUGACCCUGUCGUAUCUUUAUUUUCUUCUUGAUAUUACUCAUUUUAUCCUCAAUUUAAUCCAGCUCUGAAGGACCAUGUAAUAUAUUUUAGACUGCUCAAUUAGAUGUAUUAUAUUCCGUAGUAAGACUUUCUCAUAAUAUCAAUUCGAAUCUAGACUCUAGUUCAUUAGUUCGAUUCUUCAACGUAAAAAUCCCCAAAACAACAACCUAUUGUCUUAUAGUCCACGCCCCUAUGACGCGUACGUAAUGUCCUAUUUAUAAAUGUCUAUUAAUAAACAAUAUCUCACACGAUCGAUCAAAACAUUGUGUUCUCAAAUGUAAUUAAUUAAACGAGGAACCAUUGACACAUUGAGUGUGAAGUGCAUGUAUUCAGCCGAUUAUGAUUAUCAGGCAAAUAAUACAUAAAAAAGAGCAUUUUUUCUUGCAUAUCUGCAAGGACAGAUUUUGUGGGGGUGCGCACCCCCAAAAAGUCUCCCCCCCCCCAAGAAAUUGUGCAUCUCCCCAACAAAAAUGUGCAUCCCCUGUCCCUGCCAAAAUUUAAAUGCACUAAAUUAAACUACUGUUAAGUAAGACAGAAAUAUUAAAAUUAACAUUUUUUUAUAUAUGCUUUUUUGCAGCAAAUGAACUUAAAUUAACUUAAAACACACUUACAAAAAAUAAGUUAACGUGCUCAUCGGCACCACACGUUCACACAUUCACAUCAGGGGCAGAUUCAGACAGGUUUGACAGGUUUACAUAAACCUGUCAGAUUUUCCAAAGAAAGAAAGUCUAUAACCUUCCAUGUGUAUUACUAAUUUAAAGAAUAUUCUGUUUCAUUAAAAUGAAGUUGUCUAAUCUAUUAUUGCAAUUUGAUUAUGGACUACCAAGCGUAUUUAGAUCUACUGAUCAUUGCUUUGGCGAUUGAGAAUCAGGAAAUGAUUGUGAAGCUUUCACACUCUUGUAGUUUGGUUUUUAGUUCGUCGCUAGAGUUGGAUUGAAAGUGUUGAAAAGACCUAAAUCAAUGUGUCAGCAAUUAGCGGAUCCUAUAUUUUUAUCACUAGGCACUAGCUAAUACGCUUUGGAAAAGGUUCAAUUCAUUGUUUGAGCUGCGUAUUAGUAAAAAAUUCACUUAAAAACAUGCAUUUUCUAAUCAUUAAAUUAAUUUUAAAAGUGACGCCAAAACACAGGAAAUGCUGUUUUAGAGCCCCAGAUUUGAAUUUUUUCCCCCAGAGAAAAAUAUGAAAAUCCGCCCUUGCAUAUCUGUCAGUUACUAUAGACAGAGAUGCAAAACCUGUUCAAAUUUCCUCUGGGUAAAAUUUAAAGUUUUCAAACCUUCCUCAAAAUAAAUUGAAUAAAUACUAAGAUAUGGCUUCAUCAAAUAGCAAUAUACCUAGAGUAUAUAAACUUAACUGAUUCUGAAAGCACAAAGUUUGAAAGAGACAUGUAUUGCACUAGUACUAUAUCACAUCGUUCUGAAGUUGUAGCAUUUGCUUCAUUGUGAUUGGCUUGCUUCGUCUAACCAUAGCAAACCAAUCAUAGCGCUGUAUUUGGAAAUUUUUGCAGUGGUCAGAUUGAAACUGACCGUUGCAAAAAUUCCCAAAUACGGCGUGCUGAUUGGUUUGCUACGGUCAGACAAAGCAAGCCAAUCAGAAUGAGGCAAAAUGCUACUGUUUGCAAUAGUCGCAUCGACUUCAGAGCGAUGCUGGCUAGUAUAUUGUCGUGUCGGCUCCACGUUGUAAUCGAAUAGUCGCUAAAUUUUAAUCGCCGCUCGUUCCAAGGAUAAAGAUGUGGCUUCUACAGGACUCUACGAUCUUCUCAUUCUGUGUAUAAUGAACGAAUGUAAACGUGUUUCAUUUAACGAAAAGGUGCGCGAAAGAAUUCUGAUCGAAAGCUUUUGGUGUGCGAUUAUUGGCAUAAUUUGCAUUUCCUGCGAUGUGAACUGUGAAAACAGCGCUGUUUGAAUCACCUCUGUGUCAGGUCAGUCUCAUGAAUAGUAUAUUAAAUAUGUAAAUAACAUAUCGAAUUUUACACAGUUCAUGCGUCUCGAAUAUAUUACCAUAUAUUUGCUGAUGAAACGUGUUAUUAUAAAAAUGCAGAACAAUAUCAAUGGCCACUCACACUAUUUGAUAGCCAUUGGCAUGCCAUGUGUGUUUAUAUUAAGAAAUAUGUUAGUUAAUCUCCUAUAUAUUUUAUAUCUUAGACUUUGCUCAUGUAAUUAUAUAGUUGUAGACCUGUUGUAGUCUAUAAAGAGUAGUGAGUAGUGUAAAUGAAAUUUAUAGAAAUAGUUGCACUCCGAUAUAUUAUAUUGUAGUUUACAUGUUUACUAACAGAGUUUAGAAUUACAACAGCUGAGCCUGCUUCCUGGGAUAACGUAUCAUGAAUAUAUGGUUAGAUGUUUCAAAUCCAUGUAUUGUAUACCUUACUUGUAUUAAAAUUCGCGUUGUAUAUUCGCGUCGUAUAUUCGCGAAACUUGUUCGCGCAGCUUUAAAUUCGCGCAAGUAAUUUUCCGUGUUGGUUCCUUUUGGUUUGUUUAAUAGAACUAUAACUAGGGUACCUGCAAGGUAGGGAUUGCUGCGGGCAUUAAAAGCAAAUAGAACUACAGUAAGCAGCACAAAUUAUAUCAAGCACAGUGAUUACUCGCAGCGACUAGUGAGCCGUGAAUGGAACUGAGAAGAAUUAAGCAAUAUAUAUUAUAGGUGACAGAUAUUAAUCAUGUGCAUCUCAUUGACAUACAGGUAAAUUAAGAUCAAAUUUUAUAUCAAGUCUGUUUACUGAUAGGCGCAUUUACCUUAUUAUAUAUACUGUAGACUAUAUACACAGAUUUAUCACACUAAGAAACCAAAACUUUAUAAAAAUAUAGAACUGACAGUGGCCAAAGUCCAAAACAAAUGUAAGCGUAAAAUUAGACUUGAAAAAGCUUUAGAAAUUCCAUAAAAAUUUGCAGACUCGAGCGACUGAGCGAGUUUAAAAUUUGUCUUCUGCACAUAGAAAGUGCGCACGACCACAAUUCCGUGUGCUAAAUAAAAUUUAGUUCAAAACCCCCUCUCUGCAUAUAUUAGGCUGCUGCUACGCUCACUUGCUGCAGGCUCGCUCGCUCCGCAGCAACAACAAAUACUUCAAUAUUUGUCAAAAUUCAUGAUAAGAGUAAAGCGUAUAAAGUUCAAACUUCAAAAUAUAUUAUAGGUUUGUAUAUGGUAGUGCCUUACAUUAUAUUAUUUACUAACAAUGAGUGAAUAUUACACCGCAAAGCUUUUCGUGCAGAUUAUAUUUCCUGCAGUACUAAAAUUUGCACACCCAGCUCCGCGCGAAUUCCUGCAGAACUGCUCGAAUUUUAGUACAAAAACAUAUACAAAUAAACAUUUUUCCUAAUUGCUGUUGUGCUGCUGUUUCAAGAUGAUCUACAAAUAAACAUUUUUCCUAUAACUUGGAGAUAAUCUAUAUACAGAAAAUAUUUUUCCUGACUGCCAUAAGUUGUUCUGCUGUUUCGGGAUGAUCUGCUGCUUAAAGCCAGAUAAACAUUUUCCCUAACUAUCGCUGGGCCGCUGUUUCAAGAUGAUGUACAUUUGAAAACUUUCGAACUACUGUUAUCUUACUUUUUCAAGAUAAUCUGUUAUUCGAAGUGGUAUGUUGAUGAAUAAAUUUUGUAACUUUUGUGCAUUUUUUUCUUAUUUUGGUGUGAAAAACAGGCGCUUUUCUACAAAUUUUAAAUCUAAUUUCGAUGCUCAGAAUGCAGAAAAUGGUACUUUCGGGCUUCAAAUUUCAAAAAUUUUCGGGGAGGCAUGCCCAAACCCCCCCUAGGUAGGGCGUGGCAUUCGGCCCCGCAUGUUGAUUUCAUCCAAAAUGCUACGGUCAGAUUGAGACGCUGAAUCCGCCCCUGUAUGAUAUAUUGAACACAAAAGAAUAUAAAAAAAUACAGUCGUAGACUCGAGAGUCAAGAUAAACUUUAAAAUGUGAUGAUUUCUGAAUCUGUAAUAAAAAGCACAACAGUACACACAUAAAAAUUGAGAAAAUCAACAACUUGUUCCCGGGUGAUAUUGACAGGUGUGAACAAGGUUGUGCUGCUCACUAUGAACAUGUUGUCAACAAAACUUGCAACAAUAUUGUUGACAACCUGUUCAUAGUGGGCAACACAACCUCCCUGUCAAAUUGUCAAUAUCAACUGAACUUGUUGAUUUUAUGCCUGUACACAUAUUAUAUAGAGGUCAGCAGUAAAACCAUGGCAACAACAUUCCCGAGGUGGCAUUUGAUGUUUCUGUCCUUGUGGUUUUGAAAGGUCUUUAGACAUGUAGUAGUAGUAGAUUUAUUCAACCUCCCCGUAGGGUUUUUCAGGUUUAAAUUACAAUAUUACGUCUUGAAAUUUACAAUAUAAAAAGCGAAUAGCUAUUAUAAGUUAUUACAUAUAUUAAAAUGUUAAAAGUACAUUAUAAGGACCAUGUAUGUACAUCAUAAAAUCUAAAAAUAAGUUCCUUUCAAAGUUGAAAUGUUUGAAAACUUUUCAUGGAGCCGUUUCUUCACUGCUUUCUUAAAUUGGGGUAAAGAUUUUAACUGUCUCUCCUGUUCUUCAAGCUGAUUCCAAAGUUUACACGCUCUAAAUAUAAAAGUGCAUUCAGUGUUUUUUAUACGGCAUUUCGGCGUCUCAAUUCGUCCUUGCUUCUUGUAUUAUAAGCUUUAUUCUUAAUCCUACAAGACUCAAGAUUUGAGGAUAGAUAUUCCAGUACAAGAUUAUUGAUACACUUGUAAGUCAUCACUGCCUGUCUUACAUAGAUUAUUUCGGGGAUAGGAAUCCAGGAUAAAUUAUGCAAUAUAGGUGUAAUAUGACAGAAUUUGGGUUCUCCAGUAAUUAUCCGGGCAGCAAAGUUUUGAAUAUGUUGUAGCUUUUGGAUGUUCUGCCUACUUGUUGAAGACCAUACUGUCGAGCAAUAGAGUAGGAUUCAGUAAGUUCCAGUGUUGCUUUAUCAAGUAGGUGUUUAACUCGACGUAUUUGAGACAGCUUAAAAUGGCAUGAUGAUACAGUUUCAUUUAUGUGACUGGAAUAAGAUAAGGAUUGAUCUAAAGUGAUUCCCAAAUCUUUAACAUGACCAGCAGGUUUAAGAAUUUUGUCAAGGAAUGGAAGUUCAACAUUUAAUGGGACAUGGCGCAAAAGUUGACUGACACCAAACAAGAUAAACUGAGCUUUAUCUGGAUUUAUUAAGAGUUGGUUUGUACUACACCAUCCCGUAACUUUAUUCAGGUCCUCCUUCAAUCUAACAAGACCAUCAUUCAGUUCUUUCAAUGGGAGAGAUAGAGUUUAGUAUCAUCGACGUAGGAUUUAACAGAUGAGUUAGUGGUUGCUGAGCAAAGUUCAUUAGUGUAGAUAUUAAACAAGAGAGGGCCCAAAAUAGAGCCCUGCGGUACUCCGUAUUUUACUGGAAGAGGCUCGGACAGAUCAGAUUCUAUUCUCACUUGUUGCUCCCUGUCGGAAAGGUAACUUAUGAACCAAUCCAACGUAAUCCCUGAGACACCAAUACUUUUAAGUUUAGCCACCAAAAGAGAAUGGCUAAUACUAUCAUAGGCUUUACUGAGAUCUAACGAAAUCAUAGCUGUAAUUUCUUUGCGGUCCAUAGCAUUAAGUAUAUCAUCAGUUAUUUGGAGGCCCAAUGUCUCAGUUGAAUGAUAUCAUUUAUUAUCGUUCUGAUGGAUUGACAAAAGCUUAUUAAUAGUUAGAUAGUUUGUGAACUGUUGAUGUACAACGCGCUGGCAAAUCUUAGAUAAUAUCGGUAGUAAUGAAAUGGGGUGGUUGUUACUGGUGGGUUCCACUUCGUCGGUCUUAGGGAUGGGUAUAAUCUCUGCUAUCUUCCAAGCUUUAGGAAAUAUGCCAAUUUCACAGUCUGCAAGGCAGCAAAUGCUCUCACUAGUUUCCAAAGCAAAGUGCUAAAUUUAAACCAUGCAGUAUAGUGCCCUGCAUGGCAGUUUAUAAUCAAUGCCAAUGUUUGGAAAUCAAUGGCAAUGGCAAAAUAAUUUGUGGGAAUUGACCAUGUAGGUAUCAGGUAUGUAAACAAUGAUUUCGAUUAUAGGACCUGUUCUAUUUCCUCUACUGAAAACACGUUUUAAAAUGUUCUAUUACUGUUCAAAUAACGUUCUUUAACAUUCUAUUAUUAAACACAACAAUAAAUCUAUGGCGCCAUAUUGUUCUCUCUCCAGUCCUCUCGGUCCGCAUCUUACACUAUACUUCAAGUAAUCUAAACUGUUCUGGGCCUAAUGCAACAUGCCCCUCUUGAGGCAUGGUUUCAGAACCAAGAGUAACAUAACAGUAACAAAUUCUUCUGCUUCACGAACUAAACGAGAUAACAUUAUAUACAAAAUCUGAGUUCUCAGUUGAUUUGACCAGACAUCCUGAGCGUGAUCGGGUCAGCACUUGUGCAGGAUUUGCUGCCUUGAUCAUCAUCAUGUUCUUCAAAAUGUUUAGGAACGAACUUUCCCUAAGUCUCAUGUUAAUAGUAUAUUUUGUGUUCAAUAUAUAGACCACAGUAAGACUUUUUUUAAAUGUUUAUUUCAUUAACAAACAUUUGUUAAUGAAAAAGAGUUAGAGUUUGUUAAUGAAAUGAACAUUUAAAAAAAGUCUUACUGUGGUCUAUAUAUUGAACACAAAAUAUCAUCAUGUUGUCAUUAGACGUCUUCGGUGUUCCUGGUAUGACUCGAUGAGGUGGUGGUGGUGUCGUCGUGGGUGAUGAUGGUGGAUUUUUUGGGGGUGAAUCAGGUAUUUCUGACCACCCACUUGGUUGUUCUACUACAGCAGGUGGUGGGCUUUCGCGGUCUACAUGGCAUUCUGGAUGACUGUCAGGGACAGUCUGUUGGGGUCGCUGGUGUGCGAUAAAGGUAUGGCGUGGUUUAACAUCAUGUGUAUUCCGUCUCAACCUUCUGUUGCUUGCGUUGUUGAUAAUCCAGUAUGAGUCUGGUGUGCUGUCUUUAGAGUCGAUAUAACCAGGUUUCCAUUCAUCCGAGGCAUCAUCGGUAAACCAAACGGGUUGAUUGGGCAUGUACUUCACUUGCUCUUGCUUUGUUGACUUCAAGUGAGCUGAGUGCUUGUCAUUGAGACCAGUUUUUUGCCGAUCAGUCAAAGGUACUGGUGUCAUGUUCAUGCUAAGUCAGGUAUUAAUCCGCCUGUUGAAGAAGAGUUCAGCCGGUGAUGGUAGUGUGUCACUUACUGGGGUGUCAAGGUAAGUUGUAAGUGCCUUUGUGAUGGCUACAUCGCUUGUGCUUUUCUUCAGAAUAUGUUCGACAAUCCCAACAGCCCUUUCUGCUCUACCAUUGCUUUGGUGGUGAUACAGACUUGAUGUUAUGUGGCCGAUAUCGAGCUGUUCACAAAAACGUCGAAAGCUUUCCGAUCUGAAGCAUGGGCCAUUGUCUGAGAGUAUCUUCUCUGGUAGCCCGAAUUUUCUGAAGUUGCUGUUUAGCACCUUUAACACUGUUUCACUUGUUUGAACUUUCAGGGUGUCGUAUGUGAGGAAUCCGGAAAAAUAGUCUACCAUGACCAGUGCAUAUCCGCCUUGGAACUCUAGAAGAUCCAUGCCAAUGAUUUCCAUUGGGCGUGUGGCCGCGAUUUGUCGUUCUGGGAUUCUAGACUUCUUGUUACCAUGCCUUUGGCAGUCAUCACAUUUCUGGACCAUCUCAGUGAUGUCAUCCCGCAACUUUAGCCAGUAAACGGUGCACCUUGCACAUUGAAGGGUUGAAGUAAUGCCCUGGUGUGCGUCAUGUAGUCGACUGAGUGUGUCAUGUCGCAUACUGGUGGGAAUGAUGACUCUAUUCCCUUUCAUAAUGAGACCGUCAAGUAUUGUUAGUUCAUCGCGGAAACACCAGUACGGGUGCAGGUGUUGCGGUACAUCUUGCAUGCUGUCUGGCCAGCCUGCAAUGAUCAAGUUUGACAACUCAACCAGUGCAUGACCAGCUUUCGUUUCCUCUUGUAGUGAUGCGAGUCGAGCUGGUUCCACCUUGAUAACUUGUGCAAUGUUGAUAUCUAAGCCAGGGAUUUCUUUGGCUUUGCUAGGAUCCACAAGACGAGACAGAGUAUCAGCUAAUAGCACACCCCUAGUGGAAGCAACGUACUUCACUUGGACAUUGUAGUUGGAGAGACGAAGAAGCAUCCUCUGUAAUUGUGAUGGUGCCAAGCUUAUCGGUUUCUGGAAAAUGGACUGCAGUGCUUUGUGAUCUGUGUGUACAAUGAUUUCGCGUCCGAACGUGUAUGUGUGUAGCUUCUCACAUGCAAAUAGAAUUGCAGGAGUUCCCGUUUUAUGUUAGAAUAGUUAGUUUCCGCAGACGUGAGGGUCUUUGCUAAGAAAACGCACUGCCUUACCAUCCUGAAUCAAGACAGCGCCGAGACCUUUCUGGGAUGCGUCACUUUCAAUGACCACAGGUUUUGUAGGAUCAUAGUGGAUGAGCUUCAUGACAUUGGCGAUGUCCCUCUUGAUGUUAUCCAGCUCUUUCUGCAUAUCACUGGUCCAUACGAAAUGUGUAUCUCGUUUGAGCAGCCUGCACAUAAGAUGGGUCUUCUUGGUCAAGUUAGGAAUAAAUGUUGCCAUAAAGUUCCCAGCAGGCUUUGUAGCUCUUGCUUGUCCGUUGGAGCUACGAGUGACAGGAUGUUCUUGACUUUCUUGGGGCAUGGUGCCAUGCCUUGUGGAGAGAUGACACAUCCUAAGUACUCAAUCUCCUCUUUUUUGAUCACACACUUUUCUGGGUUGAACUUUAAUCCUGCUUGACAUGCUUUCUCGACAGUUUCUAAAAGGUGGAUGUCAUGGCGCUCUUCCGUUGAUCCUUGCACUUUAACAUUGUCAGCGCAUGGAAAGUUGCCAGGAAUACCACACAGGAUGUGACCCAUUUGCUCGCAGAAUAUUUCUGAGGAUGCUGAUAGCCCAAAUGGAAGACGUAAGAAGCAGAAUUUCUUGAAUGGGGUAUUAAACACAGUGAGGAGCCGAUUUGUUUGUCAAGCUGCUUGGUCCAGUACCCACUCUUGGUGUCAAGUGUCGAAAAGUAUUGACCAUUAUUAAAACUAUGCUGGGCAUCUUCCCAAGAGGCAGUAUAAUGUACAUUGCGAAUCAGGUAUUUGUUGAGACUUUGUGUGUCUAGACAUAAACAGAGAGUUCCAUUUUUCUUGACGACGACCACAAGAUUGUGGACCCAAUCCAUUGUUUCUGGUCAGGGUCGGAUAAUCCCUUCUUGCUCCAUUUUGUCUAACUCUUUCUUGAGGUCAGGCAUAACACUCUGGGGUAUAGCACGAGGUGGUAGCUGAACAGGUCGUGCUUCAGGUGAUAGUUUCAGGUGGGCCUCUCCUUCAAACAAGCCAACUUGUCCAUCAAAUGUCUUGGGGAAGAUUUUCUUCAGGUCUUCUAAUGGGUUGCCUGUUUUCUUCCCUAGCGGAAUAUGUUCCUUCCAUUUUUUAGUGUGAAGUUUCACUUCACACUGUUGUGAUGGCUGGCGAAUUUACACGAAUCAGUCAGUCAGUCAAUCAUAGAGUAAACUUUCCAGGGGGUGUAUACGAUUUAUGUUCGCAGUGAUUUAUUGUACUUAGUCAGUGCUUUGAAGGUUAUUUAAGCAAUUUUAUUUAUUUUCUUUAAAUUUUCUUUUGUCCUUUUGCCAAGUUCACAAAAAUUUCGAGGAAUCGUUGUUGUUAUUGUAAAUUUUUGUAAUUUUAGAACAUUCGCUUCUCAUGUUGUGUAAAGGAUCUUUCCCCCGGAACACCCGAUUUUUUCUAUAGCAGCGCAAAUGUGCAUGCGCUAUGAAGCCGUAGAUCACGAUGCUAGGAAGGAGCAACAGUGUUGUUUUCAAAUGUAUAAACAUUUCAUACAUGAAUAUUGAGUAAAUCUUUGAGAAUCUGCGCAAUAUAUACAAAUUUAUGUUAUGCAUGACGAUCUUUCAAUCAAGUACUGAUAUAUGUAGACGGUAUAUUCAUUAUACAGAGCUAGGAAGGAGCGACAGUGUUGUUUUCAAAUGUAUAAACAUAUCAGACGUAAAUAUUGAGAAUUUCUUUGAGAUUCUAGGCAUUCAAUUGAGUGCCAAUAUUAUUUUCACGGCAUACUCAUUGUACAGAGGUACAGUACGUAGGCAGAAGCGAGACAGUGUUGUUUUCAAGUAUAUAAACAUUUCAGACAUGAAUAUUGAGAAAAUCUUUGAGAUUCUACGCAAUAAUACAAUAUAAUAAUGAAGCGGAUGGAGCGGACCCACGAAAAAUACGAAACGGAUGAGGAUAAAAUGCGUCCUUUUAAAUGAUGUAACGACGUAGUGUUUACUAUUCAUAACAUAUCUUAUACAGCUAUUUCAAUUAUAGUUUUAGAUAAAUUUAGCAUAGCAGUAGCCUCGUGGGGAUGCUUUUAGCUACAGCUGCAAAUGCAAAUGAAAAUUUAGAAUAUGCAAAUUUUGGUUGUUGGUGAAACAAUUAAAAUUUUGAAUUGUCUCGUGUAGCAUCACAAGAAAUAGAUAAAUUGCAUCAGUUUCACAAGGCACGUUUCUGGUGUGUUAGGCUUGUUUCAAACGUCACGCCACUCGUGUGCCGAGCGUAUUAAGAGCAAUAAAUAAUGAGAUGAAAUGCCUUUGGUAACUGUUUAUUUCGUAGUGUAAGCCCUCAGCUUUUCUAUGUUGUCAGCGACCCUAUAUAGUUCUUGCAGUGUCUUUUUCAAUUUGAAACUUCACACUAUCCUUGGAUCCCUAGUUCCUCAUUUCAUUGUAGUUAACAUUUGACUCACUAGUAAUAUGUACAGCCUCUACCUUAUUGGGUUCCACAGAAAUAGUGUGUUGUUGUACACACUGGAGAUAUUGUCACCAACUUGAAUUUCUUGCAGAAUCCCAGUCCAAGAAUGAAAGCAUGAUCAUGCUUUGUAACAUAAAAUCUCGCCUUUGCGGUGAUAUUAUUGCAUGUAACGUUAAUGUCCACCGUUCCACAGUUCUGGAGGUCUGCUCCUGACAUGCCUCGAAUGACAGAGCUGUUAGGUGUAAGAUCCUUGUUCCAAAGCCCGAGUUUUGGAAGCAUGGAGGCUGGUAUGCAUGAUACCAUGGUGCCUGUGUCAACCUUGCCUUUGACUGUAAAGGUUGCACUGCCAUCUUCAUUUGUAUCAAAUACUACUGGUGCAAAUAUCUCACGUGGCUUUGCUCUCUGCACAGCAUCAAUGGUCACUGGGUUGAAAUCAAAGUUGUCGUCAUAGCCACUGCUUUCCAGGUCAAAUGAAACUUCAACUUUAUGUAAUCGUUUCUGUUUCUCAUCAUUCAUUUUCGCUUUUUUCUGGAGGCAAGCUCGCUGGAAAUGUGCUUGCUUUCUGCAGAAGUUACAUGUGGCAUCUUUAGCUGGUAUUCCUAUAAUCACAGUGUUCACCAGAGCAUUAAGGCAAAACCCGUGGAUGUUACUGCAUAAAAUGGGAAGGAAGUGUGGCACGCACUGUAGGGUGACCAUGGUGCUGUGAACAACGUAAAGUAUAAGUUUAAGAUUGGGGAUCAGGUCAAGAUGAAACGUACGUUUGAAAAGGGGUACCUGCAGAAUUUUUCCAAAGAAAUACCCUGUGAUCCCCCGGUGUAUAAAUUAAAAGACCUGGACGGCAAGGAACUCAAGGAAACGUUUUACGAAAAGGAACUGCAGAAAAUCAUUAAGGAGGACGGCGUUUACGAAAUUGAAGAAAUCCUGAAAAAGCGUGGAUGGGGUAAUAAUGUCCAUUACCUUGCAAAAUGGUUGGGAUAUCCUAGUAAAUUCAAUUUGUGGGUUCCCGCAUCAGAAAUAAACAAGAUUUAAGUAGACAGACAUACUGCGCGCCCCUUGCUUUUAUCAGGAAACCGAAAUGGACGGAACACACUUUUACCUUACACUUCCGAGUAAUGCAUCCCUGGACGUUUUUCCUGAUAAUAAGACAACGGGGUAUCACGUCAAAUUACCACAACCCAUCAAUUUGGAUGGUCACUGGGAAGUCGGGCUGUGUUCUAUUUCCUAUCCAAAUAUGUGGUAUACUUUACAGGAUAUUAAUACAAACACCCACUUUUAUUACGAUCAGGGCGAUGGAUGGCCAUCGGCUGCAGUCAUAAAGUAUGGUCAGUAUGAGACCCUAGGGGAGUUUACCAAGGGUCUAAACAAUGCCCUGGAAAACGAGAUCGGAAACAGAACUACCAUGUACUUUACCUAUGAAGUCCUGACCAGAAAAGUAACGGUUCACCUGAAGGCCAAGUGUAGGCUUAUCUUUGGUGGAAAAAUUUCCCUUAUUCUUGGAUUCGGGGGCAAGGACAUACUCCUUAAGGGGUUAACACAUGAAAGUUCCCACACAGCAAACUUAAAUACCUUUUCGACUAUUUACACGUAUUGUAACAUCGUUAAACCACAAAUUGUUGGGGACAUUAAUGUACUUCGAAGUAUUCCCGUGGAAGGAAAAUACGAUGAAAUUAUUACCAACACCUUUACUAACGUUCAGCAUGUACCUGUUCAAACAAAGUCCUUUGGAGAUGUGGAGGUUCUUUUAAGGAAUGACACUGGUAACCCCGUGUCAUUCAAACGCGGAAAGGUGGUAGUGACGCUACAUUUUAAACAACGUACCUACUUCACCUAAAGGAAGAUGAGUGGAACACACUUUUACCUUACAUUACCCAGCAAUGCGUCUCUGGAUGUGUUUCCUGAUAAUAAGAUGGGAAGUUACCGUGUGAAAUUACCUCAUCCUAUCGAUUUAAAUGGCAACUGGGAAGUCGGGUUAUAUUCCAUUUCUUAUCAGAAUACAUGGUACACUUUGCAUGCAGACGAUAAUCACAUUUACUACAGUGACGAUGGUCUUGUCUUCUCAAUGGCACACAUAGACUGUGGCUGUUACAAAAUGGUACAGGAUCUUAUUGCAGCCGUCAACAGGGCCCUGACAAGAGACUGGAAACAAGAACAUUACUCUAACAUUCGACCCUAGAACCCCCAAGAUAAAAGUGAGGAUUAGCCAAAGAGGGUACAUGCUGGGACUAGCCACGAAGAUGUCGGCUAUGCUGGGAUUUGGGGGAAUAGAUAUGAAAAUUAAAAAAACAACCACAAGUCUGUACAUUGCAGAUUUAUUUGAUAUUGCCAUGGUCUACAUUUACUGUGACGUUGUUCAGUCCCAGAUUGUGGGAGAUGUCAGUGUUCAUCUGCUUCGGACCAUUCCCGUAACCGGCAGAUCUGGUGACAUUGUCGCAAAGAUGUUCAACAAUAUACAAUAUGUACCCGCUCAGACAAAAUCCUUUGAAGACAUUCAGAUUCUUUUAAGGGACGGUAUGGAUGCCCCUGUGCCAUUCGAACAUGGGACAGUAAUAGCAACACUCUACUUCAGAAAGCAGAGUUACUUCGCUUCAACAUGUUCGGCAGUCUGCUGACUAGUAAUCCGCUGACUAGUAAUCCACUUGUAAACUAUUACUUGGACCAGCAACAGGGACGUGGAAUGUCAGUCUUCAGAGGUAGCCCCUGGCAAGCGGGCUAUGGACAAACAGGGUACGGUCUGGGAGGGAUCUUUAGUGCCCUUGCAAGAUCAAGUAUACCCCUGUUAAAAGCCGGUGUCAAGGCAGAUGUCAAGAACCUUGCACAAAGAAGUGUACCCACGCUCAAGGCUGGUGCAAAGGCCGGUGCAAAAUCCCUUGCGAGAAAAAGCGUCCCCUUGCUUAAGGCCGGUGCACGAUCCCUUGGUAAGGCCGCCCUACGAAGCAGAACCGAUUUCCUGGGGGACGUUCUCUCUGGUUCAAGCGUUAGGGCAUCCCCAAAGGCAUGUUCUUUGCAGGCAAUUCACGGCGAAAAACGAAAAGCUCGGAACAAGCUAACUGGUCAGACCGGAUGGGCAAAACGUACCAGGCGUUCGAAGAGCAUAAAACGAACAGCUAAAGAGAGGAAGGCCAUCAGCAUCCACAACCAGACGUCGUCUGACCAAGAAAUGGAAAACAGCUCACAACAUCUUUGGUUAAGCAGUAUGAGUUUUGUACACUCCGGUUCGCAAGAAUGCACAAAAAGCAAACUCAACCUAUUUUUCGUACCUCCAACACAAAUUAGUUUGGAAAAAGGACAUUGGAUAGAUCAUCAGCCCGUUGCUAGUGUGACCGAUGGUGGUAGUAUCACGUUCCUUUCCUCGGGUACCGAGGACUAUGUGGACCUUUCCAAAACAAUCCUUGUGAUAAGGGCUAAAGUAACAAAAGCUAAUGGAAACAAUCUUGAUGCAGACGAAAAGGUAUGCUCCCCCUUCCACCAUAAAUACCGGACCCAUUUUCGGUUACUAACUAAACUUUCCCCUAUUUAAGGUUGGAGUGGUAAACAAUUUCCUGCACAGCUUGUUCAAGCAAGUAGACAUCUUCUUAAAAGAAAAGCAGGUUACCCAGGCUACUGGAACCUAUGCCUACCAUGCCUAUCUGGAAACCCUCCUCAAUUAUGGCCCCACCGCCAAGGAAUCCCAGCUUACCUCUGCCUUGUACUAUAAAGACACGGCAGGAAAAAUGGAUGUUGCCAAUCCCACAGUAGCUGCCCCUAAUCACAAUGCUGGGCUUAAAACACAGUACACCUUCAGCGAGGAAAGUGGAAUCAUCGAAAUGGCAGGACCCAUCUUCAGCGAUAUAUUCAUGACCGAGGGUCUCCUCCUAAGUUAUGUGGAUCUAAAAGUUACCCUGAAUUGUAACAACAAUAAAUUCUGUCUCAUGGCCUCUGGAGCAGGUGCCGAUUUUCGUGUAAAACUUACUGAUGCUUCUCUCAGGCUCCGUAAAGUAAAAGUCAAUCCAACCGUCUCUGUGGCUCAUGAAAUAGCCCUCAAGAAAGGACCAGCCAUCUACCCCAUUCGUCACGUCGAAUGUAAAAGCUUUAUCAUUCCCGCCGGAAACCCCUCCCUAAAGAAAGAUAACCUUUUCAAUGGACUUGUACCAUGUCUUUGGUAUGGUCGAAAGCGAAGCGUUUAAUGGUGCCUACAAGAAAAAUCUGUACAACUUCCAGCAUUUCAGAGUGACAUCCAUUGGAAUCACUGUUAAUGGAGAAGAAAUGCCAUUCAAACCCUUGCAGCUUUCCUACGAAGCUGCAACGCCCAGGUACGUCGAAGCAUACAACACGAUGUUCUCUGGUACUGGCAAAAUGUAUCACAAUACAGGCAACGCUAUAUCCCGAGAUGAAUUUCCCAACGGUUAUGCCGUGUAUGCCUUUGAUUUGACACCAGACAUGUGCAGAGCCUCCCCUCAAUUUAAUGUGUUGCAGAAAGGAAAUCUGGCCAUAGAUAUUCAGUUCUUCGCAGGACCAGCCCACGCCGUGAGUCUUGUUUACUACGGAGAGUUUGAAAAUACAAUCGACAUUGAUUCCGAAAGGAAUGUAAUUUAUGAUUAUUCUGGAUGAAUAAUCAUAAAUAAGAACAUGAACAUAAGAACUGUACACUUCUUUAACAGUGAUACAGUCUCCAACGAUACAAAGGUAUAUUGGUUUGUUAAAAAUCAUUUUAAAAUAUUGUCAUGGCACUCAAGUGUCGUACCGAAUCAAUCCUGUAAAAAUUGUUUUCAAUAAAUCUCCUUUUUUUAAAAAAAGCGUCGCAGUUCGUUUUUUCUUCCACGCAGGUCCCGCAUGCAAACCACACGGUCGCCAACUAUCAAUUGUCAAUAAUCUAAAAAAUAUGACCUUUGAAAAAAGGAAUUUUUUACGAUGUUUUUUUUACAGAACCGUCACUACAAGAAAACAACAAGGAAAUGCCUGUUUUACAUUUUAUUUAUUUAAAAACAUUUACAACAAUUCCUCAACCUACUCAGAAUACCCCUUUUCCUAAUAUGCGCACGUCCCACAAACCCUACACUUAUUAUUCAUUGCAAUUUAAAAGUCAAUGUUCUCUAUGUUUACUGCAGAUCCUGCUUUUGGAACAAGCAAUUUUUGGAACGGUUCUUUAACAGAACCGUCACUAACAGUCCCUAAUGAUAACUAAGCCAAUUCCUUGGUAUGUUCAAACAGCCUGUAUAUACUGACAGUAACGCCGUGCCCUGUCCUCGGGUGUCUCCUCUUGGGGUACUUGCAGAGGAGGUGUCUGUACAGGAGGUGUUCCACGGCUAACUGGUCCCUGGAUCUCCUCCCACCUCUUUGCGUUUCCUGCAAUAUCUCUUGGUAUAUUAAGCCUUGACAAUCCUUGAAAAAAUUCCCGCAAUCCUGUGGGAUUGAAAUUCUUCCAUGCCCUUACAGCAUCACUAAUCAGAUCAGAUAUAUUAGAACCAGCAAUUUCCUUACCAUCCACCUUCACCUUACUGGACUCGUCCCAUGCACUAACGCCAGCUUUUGCCCUUAAGCGCUUCAACAGCAUUGCCGCCUUCGGUCGCUGUGUUGCAGGCAGAUGGGCAAUCACAUCCGCAUCCGACAGGGACACUUCCUUUCCCUCUUCCUCCUCAGUCUGUGCCAUCCAUACCGUAGGCACGUGCUCGUCCUUCUGCUUUCUUAAACUUAGAUAAUUCUCCAUAUUUGCAUUAUACAACUUCUGCUUCUCCGCAUGAGACAAACUCUUAUCCCCAAGGAUUUCCGACAUGGCCGUAUCCUGAUGCAUCAUACCGGCUGUUACGGGAGAGGUCUCAAUUCACUGCGUCUGUUUGUACCGACUAAGCACAUCCUCAGGAACCAGUACCAUACGCUUUGCAUACUUCAUGAUAACAGACUUCCCAGUACACCCAGAGCUGGCAGUAAAAGCACUCCCAGCAAAUUCCCACCCCUUUGAUUAAGGUAUGCCUUCUUUUUCUUCCUCGACACUUUCCUAUUGGCCAGAGCACGGAGAUGUGUCUUAUAACGCGCCAAAUGCCACUUCUGACGGGGCGUCACCGGAAUGACCCCUUUAAGCAGAUUCAAGGAACAUUUGCAUAUGGCCAAAAGGACGCUGGCAGGAACAUUAAUAAGUAAAUUUCGCAGUUUAGGCCCAGACUUUGCCAUCACCUGCAAGUACGGAAGACUUCCUUUCAUACGUCUCGACAUUUCUAAAGUGAUCUCCUUCCGAAAAGACACCCCGUUUUUAACUACGUUUCACGUAGGCAACCUGCCUUUCCCCGGGUAAUAUAUUCGUUCGCAACCGCAUGCUCUCCAGAGUCAGCUGAUGACAAUCAAUCAACAGAUACCCAUAGGGUCUGCUCGUUGCAUCACCAAAUGCUUCCAGUAAAGAAUCUGUGCACCUGGGAAACAUUUGUCUAGCCAAUGUUGCAACACCCAAUGAAUCGUGGGGUUCCGGAAAAUCAACAUAUAGAACAAAGAAGAAGAAAACUGGUGGCAUGCGGAGGUAGAUAAUUGAGCUCCCACAUUUAGUAAUUUUAGAUCAAUAUGGCUUUAACGACUAAAUCAUUUAAAGACCUCUGGUCAAAAGAGCUUAUACCAGAGUUUAAGAAAGAUAUAUUAAACAAAUUGAAGCGAGAAAUUAGCAAAGAAAUGCAAUAUGUUGCUGAGCGAUUUGAAUCUCAAAUACACGAAGUGAGAAAUCAGCUUAAAACCAUCGAGUCAACGCAGAAAUUCAUAUCGGAUAAAUACGAUAAAGUUAUGGAGAUAACCCAAGCCACGAACAAAUAACUAAAAACGAUGCAAAAUCAAUUGAGGGAGUCAGAAGAAAGGGUUAAUAAUAUUGAAGGCGAGGUCUAUAACAAUAUGGCAUCGGUUGAUGAAAUGCAGCAGUACCUGAGAUGCGAUUGCCUAGAGAUUACUGGUAUACCAGUUGUACCGUUAGAUGAUCCUUGCAACCUUGUAGCUGAAGUCUGCGAGAUUCUAAACGUUGGGCUGGAUGAAAACGACAUUUCAGUUGCUCAUAGACUUCGGGAUAUGAAGAACACAAAGGACAGAAUAAUUGUGAAAUUUGUCAAGCGUAACAAGCGCGACAAAGUGUACAAACAACGCUCAGAGCUUAAUGGCAAAACCACACGCUGUUUACCAACAGUGAAUGCUGAAAUACAAGAAGGAACUAUUGGUACAACUGCCAAGAUCUAUAUAAAUGAAUCGUUAACCGCUUAUAGGUGAAGAUUAUUUGGGAAAAUAAAUGUGUUUAAAAAUGCAAACAAUUAUAAAUUCAUUUGGACAACUAAUGGGACAAUCCAUCUUCGAAAAUCAGAAUCUUCAGCUAUCUCACAUUUUACAACGAUGGAAGACUUUCAAUGAUUCUUGGACCAGCACUAAAGCUUAAUUCUCAGCUAAGUUAUAUAUUACUUAAUAAUAAUUAUAAAUUUGUAAGUAAUGUCUGAAACAAACUCUCGAUAUCUUACGGAACUUCCCUAUGCAGAUCUAACAGACUCUGAAUUUAAAGCUAUAACCGCAGCAUGGAAUUUUGACCUCUCAGGUCGUAAUAUAGACCUCUUUGACAUUGGUCCUAAUCUGAUAAGUUUGAUGAAAGAGACCCUGAUGCCAUGUUGAAUUCACCCUGUUCCCAAUACUUCUCUUUCAACAAACUUAAGUGGCAGUCUCCCUAACAGCGGUCCGUCGAACUUCGCGUCAGAAAAUCAAUUUCUCUGAAACUUGGCACAUCAAAAGGGUUUGGUAUAGAACUAAUAAAAAUGGAGUACUUUUUUGGAAAUCUUUUUUUUUGUGCCGAGCCGGUUCAUUUGGUCAUCACUUUCAAGGCUGAAAUUUUGCAAUAUUUAGGACUGCACCGUAUCAAAACUAAAUGCGCUGGCAAAACGUUUUAUUCGCCAUUUGUUUUAUUUAUCUUUACCUAAAAAAACAUACAAAUGUCAAAUUCAUUGAUUGCUUAGUUGAUAAGAUGUCAGCCUUGAAAGCCACCCCUCUGUGCAGGUUGCGGAAGUGCACUAAAUUAUAACAAAGUUCGGAAGCAAAAUUCGCAUUUGUUUGACCAAAAUUGAAAUAAAAAAUUACAUCCACAUGCAGAUGAUAACUUUAUCUCCAAGGUCCUAAGGUCAAACCUUCAGGUAUGCCGCCGUGAGCAAAGGGGCAAGAAGGUCAAUUUGGUCAAAUUUGCGCUUUGUUUACAUAAAAUAACACUUCGUAAUCCGCACUAAAAUUCAUCAAUUGCUCACCUAAGAAUUGCUCCUGGCUUGAAUUAUUCCCAGGAUUGUUCCUUAAAUUCACCUAAACAAAGACACAUUAACAAUCUACUCAAAUUUAUAUGAAAAUAGAUUUAGCAUAUUGCUACUAAACUAAAUUUUAGCUGGGUAUAGGGUUGUGCUGAGCUGUUCUGCAGAGGAAACCCCGCACAGUCAUAAGUAGCAGUGAAACAAUUUAUCUUAUUUAGUAACUACGGGUAAUGCGAAAUGUGUUGCAACUCCAGAAGAUAAUGGGACUUCUCUGAUGCAUAAAACUGAGUAAACAUACUGAGGGCUAGCCACAGUCUGGGGCGUAACUAGCCCCACCAAAGUUUUUCAUCAGUGCAAUUACGGUUUUGUCAAUAUGAUUAUGAAUUUUGUACUUGAUUGUAAAAUGGUUUGUUUUGUGUAAUAUAUGAAUAAAAGCCACACCCGUGGUCUUAAACAUAUCAAAACUAGGCUUGUUUAUUUGCCCACCAUUCACACUGGCUCAAAUGCUAUGUUGUGUUUAUCAGUUUAUUUGAUUGCAGCACAUCUGUAAAUGCAUCGGCGUAGCCGUCUUUGAUCUAAAACAAUAACAACACGAGUUGUUUUUCUCUGGCCUAAUCCUGAUUUUUUCACCAAAAUUUGGCUUGAUAUUGCUGUUAGAGCAUAUUCAUAUUCAAAUUAGCUAGAUAAAUGACACACACUUAAUUAAAUGGUAGAGAACGAGUAAGCAGAGGUGUAACUUGACACUUGCCCGGGGCAAGUCAAUGUUUUAUCUUGCUUGCCCGAUUGGGCAAGUUGCCUUGCCACAAAAAGCUGGGCAUCUUUAAGUUUGUGUUUUCAUUGUCGGAUUUUUUUUAUAGUACAUGUAAUUGAUUUCAAAUUUUGUUUUUAGUAUGCCAAAGUUAAAUCCAGGGGCGUAGGAAGCUUCCAAAAGUUGGGGGGCACACUUUGAGGGGCACUUUUCGAAUAAAAAAGGUAUCUAAAAAUUUUUCCCCAGAAAUGUUGGCGAUGGAGGAGGGUGGGGGUGGGGGGAGGUCAUCUCAAGAAAUUUUCUGGACAUACCACAUUUUUUCUUAGAUAUGAAAAAAAAAUUUCCGGAUAUAUAAUAUUUUCCAGGAAAUUAAAACAAUUUCCGGAAAUAACAUAAAUUCAAAUUUUCAAAAGUGCCCUCUGGGCAAAAAAAUGUAAUCUUAAUCACAUUUUUCACACAAGAAAAGGGCACUUUGGUACCGGAAAAAGGGCACUUUGGAAAACUUGCGGGCCUGCUCCCACUGGCCUCCUUGCCCCCCCUGGUUCCUACGCCCCUGGUUAAAUCUGUGGCAGUAUAAAAUAGCCAUGUAGAGCAGUGGGAGAACAAGUCGACAUGUUCUCCCCCUAAAUUUAUGCCCCCUACCUGGGCCGGCAAGUGAAUUUUAUUAAGGGCAACUAAUUUUCAUGUCCAACUUGCCCGGAGUGCGAGCGGUCCAAAAAGUAAGAUUACACCACUGACUCACUGAGUAAGCUAUGACUCAACGAGGAGUUGCUUCAGGAAGAGCUGGCGAGACUGGAGGAGAACAAUAGUGAGGAAGAAGUAUGUGAAGUUCUCUCCCAAAUACAGGGCCCCCUUUAAUAACAUAAACUUGUGGGGACUCCCCCAGCCCCUGUUUUGGCUCCUCCAAUGAACUACGUUGUCCCCCCUCCUAGUGAAGGUAAUACUCUAUUCUCGAACCCAGAGCCCCCCCCCCUGACACAUGCGUAAAAGAAAAAUUCAAAAUGACAACUAACAAACAAAUCUUAAUUAAUUAAUUAAAGUAUAUUUUAUGUUAGGUAUGAGCGCCGUAUCAUCAAUCAACGAAGGCCUUAAACUGGCUGUUACCAGAAGCUCCCCGCGGGGACUGAGGAGCGGGGAAGCUCUGGGCUCGAGAAUGGCAACACUGCAUCCUGCACAACACUGCAUCCAGAUUCGGCUGACUAGCCUCCCAGCAACUGUUUCUAGCAUCAGUCACGCAACGCUUCCCUUUAAAACCUCAACGAUUUCGUGUUACAAGUCCUAUAACACUGACUAGAAGUUACUUCUGGCUGUUACUGUUUGCUUGAUCUCAGGUACAUUAAUGCCUGGGUUACAGUUUGUGUAUUUAGCGAAAAUAAACAAAAAAUCAUAAAAAAAUAAGUAUGGCCUUGAUAAUUACCAUUCAAGUUUUAUAUGAUUUAUCAAAGGAGAUUCUAAAAGUUGACCUACUUUUCGUUGUCAUGGCAACGAUCAUGUGAUGUAUAUUUCGAAAAACAACUCAAAAAAUUAUACUUUUUAUUCAGAGGCUCUGCAGCAGUAUAUUUCGUGACUGAGAGGACGCAGAAUUGUGAUAAUCAUUCACCCAUAAUAUCACUGUUUAUUGAAUAAAUUUGGAAAGUUUACAUUUAGGCUUCGUUUCAUUAUUUUAUGCGGCUAUAUUACGAUGAUCGGCAUCAAACGAAUGUUAAUCGCGUCAUUAAAUGUUAUCUACAAAUAAAUGUACGGUUUCCAAAUUAAAGCAGGAAACUUUGUUCGCUUGUUAAUGUUAUAGCUAACAAACAUAGCAAAAUUUCGUCAAAUUACCCUGCUGCAAGUCGAACACGUUUUUCGCGUGAUGAAUUUCACGCGCCAUAAUGAAACAGUCUGCCGCUUAUUGUAAGGGAUAUUAUAUUUCCAAUAACAACAUUCAUUGCGCAUUCAAGCCGAUAUCUUGAAGCAUAGUUAAUUCUUGAAGGGAAGUAUGCCAUGGUGGAAAAGACCGAGUGAACUAUAUGUGCUAUUAAUUUGUAAUUCACAAGCUAUUUUUCAUUGAAAAUAAGAAACAGUCAACAAUUACUGAAUAAUCGCAAGAUAGUGCACUAUAAGAAGCUUUUAUUUAUCAGCAGUUCAAAGGUCAGCUGUCGCAAAUGAUACAAUACUUAUUGCUAUACAAAGAGCCAAUUAUUACAUCAAAACUGAAUAGUAUACAGACUUCUUUGCAUUGUAUAUUCCAAAAUAAUCCUGUUGCUCAUAUAUACUAUAUUUUGAUUUGAAGCAAACGCCCGAAUUCACUAAAAUACUCACACAAGGGGCGAAUAUUCUAACAGACGCAUUACUGACAGAUCGCGCGUGCAACACGCGCGCAAGAUAUCAUCCAAGCGUGGGCAGACCCAGGCAUUAACAUGCCUGAGAUGAAGUUAGUUAACUGCAUAUAGCCGAUAGUUUUUACAUUUCAGAAUUUAGGUCUUUUGGAUAUUUUUUAGGUAUUUUUUUUUUAAUAAUGGCGGCUUUAAUACGCAAAACAAUUUUACCCCGUGGUUCUAUGCAAGAGAAUAUGGGAUCCCAUUUCCCAUGAAUUGUUUUGGUAUAUAUACUAAAUAUUCAAAGUUUAUUCAACCAACAUGGAAGAGAUCAAAAAGUAUAAUUCAUUUUGCUCUUCCUUUCUAGCGGUGUGCUUAUGACUGUGUGGGGUUUCCUCUGCAGAACAGCUCUAUAGUAUAGCUAGCUAAAAUUUGGUUUUGUAUAUUUAAUUUUUCAUAUAAACUUGUGUAGAUCAUUCAUGUAUCUUUGUUUUGGUGAAAUUAAGGAAUAAUUCUGGGAAUAAUUUGAGCCGGGGGCAGUUCUUAGGCAAGCAAUUGAUCAAUUUCAGUGCGGAUUACGAAGUGUUAUUUUAAUAUUAUGUAAACAAAGCGCAAAUUUGACCAAAUUGACCUUCUAGCCCCUUCGCACACAGCGGCAUACCCGAAGGUUUGACUUUAGAACCUUGGAGAUAAAGUUAUCAUCUGCAUGUGGAUGUAAUUUUUCAUUUCAAUAUUGGUCAAACAAACGCGAAUUUUGCUUCCGAACGUUGGUACAAUUUAGUGCACUUCCGCAACCUGCACAGAGGGGUGGCUUUCAAGGCUGGCAUCUUAUCAACUAAGCAAUCAAUGAAUUUGACAUUUGUAUGUUUUUAUAAGUAAAGAUAAAUAAAACAAAUGCCGAAUAAAACGUUUUGCCAGCGCAUUUAGUUUUGAUACGGUGCAGUCCUAAAUAUUGCAAAAUUUCGGCCUUGAAAGGGAUGACCAAAUGAGCCGGCCCGGCACAAGUAAGUUCGAGCUUCUAGGAAAGCGAAAAAAAGAGAUUUGCAAAAAAGUAUUCCAUUUUUAUUAGUUCUAUACCAAACCCUUUUGAUGUGCCAAGAUUCAGAGAAAUUGAUUUUCUGACGAGAAGUCUGACGGACCGCUGUUAGGGAGACUGCCACUUAAUACAUUGUUAAAUACUCUUACUAAUCGUAGUAAAAGUAUUUCCUUAUUUCAUUGUAAUAUUAGAAGUUUGCCAAAAAAUGUAUGUCUAUUAGAAGACUUUAUCUGCUCUCUAGAUGUAAAGCCUGAUAUUCUCGCAGUGUCCAAAACAAAACUAAAUAGCAAAACCGUAAUUAAUAUUGACAUUCCACGAUAUCAAUUUUUCCAUACUGAUUCAGAGACUGCUGCUGGUGGCGCAGGCCUCUAUGUAUCGAAUAACCUGCAAGCUUUAUGUAGGCCUGAUAUAAAAUUUUAAAUGCCACUUGUUGAGUCUUGCUGGUGUGAGAUUAUUUGUGGUAAAAACAAGCCUAAUAUUAUUGUUGGCUGUAUUUAUAAGCAUCCAACUGCCAAUUUAUCGGACUUUACUCUAGAAUUAGAGGAUAUAAUUAAGAACAUUAGUAAAAAGAAUCAACACAUUUACAUAAUAGGGGAUAUAAAUAUUGACUUUUUAAAAUACAAUGAUCACCCUAAAACUGAGGAAUACUUAGAUAUGCUGUAUUCCAAUAAUUUAGUUCCUUUGAUAACCAAGCCAACAAGAAUAACUAACCACACUGCCACUUCGAUCGAUCACAUUCAUGACACUGUUUCAGGUAUUGCUUUGGUUGAUUUAUCUGAUCAUUUGCCUGUUUUUUGUAUUUGUAAUGCAUCAGUUUUCCAAACGAAACAGAAGAUUUAUUUUAGAGACUAUAGUUCAUUCAAUAAAGAGUUGUAUCUGGCUGACAUGCAGGCAAUCGAUUGGGAAACCAUCUACAAUGGCGCAAAUGACCUCCACGAUUUAACAUCUGAUUGCAUACAAUCAAUUAAAGAGGUUAUUAAUAAACACGCGCCUAUAAAAAAGCGUCUUUGUCUAAAAUGAAACAACUUACCAAACCUUGGAUCUCUAAAGGCUUACUUACUUCGAUAAAAGUCAAACAAAAAUUAUAUAAAUCAAACUUUUUCAGUAAAGAUCCAGAAAAAGUGCAGAAGUAUAAACAGUAUUCCAAUCUACUUAACCAGUUAAAAACUAAAUAAAAAAAUGAUUAUUAUAAUCAACAUUUUCAACUGUACCAAAGUAACCUUAAAGAAACAUGGAAGCUUAUUGGCACUUUAAUUAAAAGGAAAACAAAGGUCAACCUAAUUCUCCAACUAGACUGAUGAUAAAUAAUAAACUUUACACAAAGCCAAACGAUGUUGCUGAGCAGUUUAAACAUCAUUUUAUAAAUGUAGGUCCAAAUUUAGCUAGCAUGAUUGACAGUACAGACGAUGAUAGUGACCCACUUAAGUAUAUAAGUAAUAGCCCAACUGAUAGUUUCUUUUUCUCACCAAUUGAUGAAAACUACAUAGCAUAUCUUUUUUCUAAUCUGGACACAAGGAAAGCUUCGUUAGAUAUUCCAAAUAAAUUAAUAAAAUAUGCUAGCUCAGAACUAUCGAAACCCUUCUCCUAUAUUUAUAAUCUAUCGAUUAUGCAAGGCGUUGUCCCCAACAUAUUAAAGGUCUCUAGGGUAACACCUGUGUAUAAGAAUGGCUUAACAACAUACCCAACAAAUUAUAGGCCUAUCGCAUUAUUGUCACCUUUCAGUAAAAACUUGAAAAGAUUAUAUUGGAUCAACUGACUUCAUUUAUUGAAAAGCAUGAAAUUUUAUUUCCAUGUCAGUUUGGCUUCAGGAAAGGAUAUUCUACAGAGUUGGCCAUUUUAGAGAUGAGUGAUAAUCUCAGAACCUCAAUUGAUAAUAAACUUAUUACACGUGGCCUCUUUUUAGAUUUCUCUAAGGCAUUUGAUACAGUUAACCAUAGUAUAUUACUAAAUAAAUUUAACAAAUAUGGAGUUUGUGGUGUAGUAUUGGAUUGGUUUAAAAGCUAUCUUCAAAAUAGGCUACAGUAUGUCAAAAUUGGAAAUAUAGAAUCUGAGCCUCUAAUUGUUGUAUGCGGAAUUCCUCAGGGAUCCACUUUAGGGCCACUAUUAUUUCUUUUAUAUAUUAAUGAUUUACCUAAUUCAUCAGCAAAGCUUUCUUUUCGCUUAUUUGCUGAUGAUGCUAAUAUAUUCUAUGCUAGUAAGAACCUUCAAGAAAUCGAAACAGUUGUGAAUGAGGAAUUCCAAAACACUUUGAAAUAUUGUAAUGCUAAUAAAUUGUCUAAGACUAAUUUGUAAAAGACUAAUUUUAUGUUAAUUUGUUCCCCCCCAAAAUUACUUCCUUCAAACAUAAAAAUAUUAAAUAUUGAGCAAAAAAAGUGCAUUAAAUACCGAGGUAUAUAUAUGGAUGAGCACUUGACUUGGAAAAGCCAAAUAACCCACGUAAAUAGCAAAAUAUCUAAAAAUUUAGGUAUAUUUUAUAAGUUACGUAAUUAUUUAAAUGUUCACAUGUUGAAACAAUUGUAUUAUACCCUCAUUUAUCCAUACUUAAGCUAUGGAUCUAUGAGUUGGGGUAGUAAUUACUCAAGUAAUUUAAAAAAACUAACUGUGAAACAAAAUAAUUGUGUUUGUAGUAUCUUUUUUGUAAAAAAUAUACAAUCUGCAUCACCUUUUUAUCAAUUACUUGAAAUAUUAAAAUUCGAAAAUAUUGUCAAAUUAAAAACUGCUAUACUAACACAUAAAUUGUUUGUCAACCCUUAAGUGUUCCCUCACUAUUUCAUAACUUUUUUAAUGCCUGUGAAAAAUAUUCAUAGUUACAAUACAAGGCAUGCAGCAAGAUGCAACUUCUAUUGGCCAAAAAUAAGAACAAAUUUUGGAAAAUUUACUUUUAAGUACUGUGCGUCAGUGUUAUGGGAGAGCAUUACAGUUUCCUUAAAAAAAUUACCAACAACCAGUAAUUUUAAAAGACAGUAAAAAGUAGAUUUACUGUCAAACCAAAUUAAUAACCCUUAGUUAAAUUGGGAAUGUAUUACUUGAUUUAUUUUAUACCUCAAUGGAUUGGUUAAACAAGUGAACUAACUACUUAAUUAAUGAUUAAGUUAAUAAAAUAGCGGCUUUAAUUUAGUGUAUUAUGCUAACUUUCUUUGCUACUUUUCUUUCUCUUCUUUUGACCAAGAGUUCAAUUUAUUGACUGUAAAAUCCAAAUAGUAAAUAAUGAGAUAUAUGCAAUUAGCUAAAAAAUUUACCUAAUAAAUCAAAAGUAGACGGUGGUCAACUCGAAAGCUUAUGCUACAUUGGUCACCGUGCACAAUUUUAACAUCAUAAUUUAAAACUUUUUAAUGUAUUUAUACUGAAUAUACAACAUGAAUAUCUCUUCUAAUGUAAUAUAUAUGCCAAAUAGUGUGAAUAAAUUGAACUUGAACUUGAACCUCUUGUUAAACUGCCUAUGUCACCGGGAAAACCCUCUAUCAUUUCAAUACAAGGUGAUAAUUCCUCAAAUUCCUUCUGAUAUUCCCCAUAGCAGUAUAUUAUUUUUGUCGGCACAGGUUCAAACAAUUCCUCCGCAUUCUGCAAUAUACGCUGCGUCAAAUAGGACUUUCCACUCUGUGUUUGACCACAAAUGAAAAAAUUUGCAGGGGUCCUGAAUCUCACAUCCAUUACACCCCCGUGCAGAAUACACAAUAAACCCUAUGACACCCAUCCCCAAACUUUAUAAUAAAAUUACCAAAAUACAUGCCUACAAAAUAAUUUAAUCCACAACAAACAUUUCAGUAAAUUUUUUAAAUUUACAAUUAAAACUUCUUUACAAACAACAUAACCCUUUUUUACAUAAACAGCAUUCCCUUAACUAUAAAAAAAGUUCCUUUCACUAUAAACUAUUUCUUUACUAACAGUUCUCUGUUGCCGUUUGAAACCUUCAUUCCUGAAUUUCAGGUUCGUCCUCUGUAAACUUGCAUCUCCUAGAAACCGUUCCUAAACAAUAAAACAACACAUUUAUAUCAACCAUCAUUAACAACCCCACUAGUUACUAUUCAUUACCUUAACACCCAAACACUCGUCUAAACAGUCUACAAAACCAUCCUUCCUUCACUAUUUGGUACAAACUCAAAUCACAAUUCCUCAAAGGCUCCGCAGCCAAACGAACAGCCGCACACCUCGUUUCCUCAGGAAUAUUCAUUGUAUGCACCAGUGCCAAAUAAGCCAUUGCUCUAUCAAAAUUGGUCACAUCCAUAAUACCAAAAACAACCCUUAUUUCCGUAGGCUUCACCCUCCCGGCCAUCUGAUUAUAAAGGGACCUGUGACGUUCCUUCAAACCAUCAAUGUAAUAUGUUAAUGUCGCCAUAUCCAAAUCGAUAUACAUGGAACCAUGAUGCUCCCUCAAAUCGUUAAUAUAAUAUUCGAAUGUUCUCAUAUCAAUAUCAACACCCUCCUUUCUAAGUUUACUUAAAAUUACAUCCAUUGCAAACCCUUUUUUACAAAAAAAAAACACUGCCUUACCAUUUAUGUAUGUGCACACAAUGCGUACGUACGCAUUUCAAACGCAUACGUACGCAAAUUUCGCAUACAUACGCAAAUCCUGCGUACGUACAAUAUUCCAUGACGUCAUGCAUCCCCAUAAAAUUCACUCGAAAACAAUUCAACACACAAACCUUUAUUCAUAUAAAAUAACCCUAUCCUUUACAAUUCGUGUGCAAACUUGUUAAUAAAACUUUUAUUCAUAUAAAAUAAUCCCUUACAAUUUUAGUUUGUCUGCAAACUUGUUAAUAAAUUUGGUUGCCAAAUAACCGUUCUUUUUGCAACCCUUGUUUUCUAGUGGUUCUUUAUUAAAGUUCACAGUCUGAAAGCAUCCCAUUUGUUGAUCAGAUGCCCACUUGAAAAACCGACAUCUAUUCUUCCCAUCAUUCGAACAACAGAAAAACAAUCGGCCCUUAUUCAUACCAUCCUUCUUCACCUUUUGCACCACACACAGUAAUCCAUGAUGACACUCUGGCUUCGCAAUCGGAUACACAUCUCCAUACAUCCAGAAGGAACACUGCUUCCCUUUUUCUCCACACACAAAGAAUGGUCUCCCGUAAUUCUCCUUCAUUAGGUCCUUUACCACACACAUUUUCGCAAGCUUAUCAUGAUCACGACAUCGUGGAUGCGGCUGCUCUGUACACCUCCAUGCCAUUAUGGCCUUCUCAUACAUAUAACACUCAUUCUCCGCACAAAUAAAAUUACAUUUAGGGUUCUGACCACAAAACCAGAAUGUUCCAUUGCUCGUUGUCGAAUACACCGCAGGCUUUCCAUGUAAACAGUUCAUAUUUGCACUACAAACAAGAAAAAAGACAUUUCAUUCCUUUAUACCCUUUACACACGUACGUACAUGACGUCACACGUACGUACAUGACGUCAUUCCAGUCCUCCUGCCAAAAAGACAAGUCAUGAUCCCAUAAAGUCAUGAUCCCAUAAAAUUCAUAUGGGGGGGGGGGGUAAUACUACUAAUAUGAUUGAUAUAAUAUAUAAUGUAUAAUACUUUAUUUAUAGACAAGGACCCUAUUUACAGUGUAUAAUUGAAGUUUGGGUUUUAGUUAACCAGCCUAUUCACUAUCAGCAUUCAUGGCUUCAAGGCAUUUAGAUCUCUUCUCAAAACAUAAAGGUGAGGCUGAAAAGUUGUGGUGGUACUAUUGUGAUUUAGUACCUAUAACAUAUGACUAUGACAUUGGAGAAUACUGAGAACACAAUAGCUGAAAAUAUUCUGUAAAAUUAAAAUGUAUAAGUGCCAAGCAUCAUAGGCACCUUAAACCAUUGCACCACAAAUAACAGGAGGCUAUUACUAAGAGCUAUUCAUCAUGGUUACAAUAAGAAAUUCACCUUGAACAUUAUUAUAUUAUUCAAAGAUUAUUUGAGUACAUGAUUCCAAUGUUCUUAGAGAAUAAUUAAUAGUUAUAAAUUAAAUGAACCAUCAUUGCUGUAGCAACUAAACCUUGUAAUGAUUACCGUCGUUUGCAACUAAGCUUAAACGGUCCAAUCAGAAACGCAAUAAAAUCUGACAUCAAACUUGAUAUAACUGACAUAAACUUUGUUAUGUGACAAGUUUAAAAAAAAACAUUGAGAAUGUCAUAAUUAUUAACCGUUUUAAAGGUAAAUACAUUUCGGGGUUACUUGUGUGCAGGUGAAUUUAUUUGAAAAAAAGUUGAUUUAAAAAUGCAACUUACAAUUAAACACCUAAAAUUGAGCUACUAUUGUUUAAAUGUGUGCCUGCUGAUAAAACCACCAACUUUUACAAGAUGGACUCUCCGUCCUACAACAAACUACUGCAGAAAAACAUCACUAAAACCUACAAGAAAAUCUCCACACAAACUGUUUCAUCCAUUGAAAACCGAUCGAAAUCAAUUGCGAACAAAUUAAAUUUAACUGAACGAAUUAAUACCACAGCUGAGAGAGAAACCUUUAUCACAUUAAAGGACCACAAACCUAAUUUUGAAAAUAACCCUACCUGCCGUCUUAUCAACCCUCGCAAGUCCGAAAUCGGUAAAGUAAGUAAACAAAUUCUAGAUAGAAUCAACGCGAACGUUAUCGAGUCUACCGGCAUGAAUCAAUGGAAAAAUACGAAAUCUGUCCUGACGUGGUUUAAUAACAUCGCCGACAAAGAUCAGCAUUUAUUUAUCGCAUUUGACGUAGUUGACUUUUAUCCAUCUAUUUCGAUUGAACUUCUCGACACUGCUUUAGAUUUCGCAUCAAAUUACGACAAUAUUACGGACGAGGAACGAGAAAUUAUUAUGCACGCCAAAACAUCAUGUUUACACAGUUCGGGAAACUAUUGGGGUAAACGGACAUCAUCUAGUCUCUUUGAUGUUACAAUGGGCAGCUUCGACAGUGCAGAAUCAUGUGAACUAGUGGGUUCAUAUUUACUACAUCUUAUCACAACAAAGCAUGGAAACAACUUCGGAUUAUAUAGAGAUGACGGGUUAGGAGUCAUUAAAGCGACAGCGUGUGAGAUAAAAAAUAUCAAAAAAGAUUUGUGUUCCAUUUUCAACAAAUACAGACUUAAAAUCACAAUUGAAGCUAACAAGAAAAUAGUCAAUUUUCUUGAUGUUACCCUUAAUUUGUCAACCGGGAAAUAUCAACCAUACGCCAAACCUAAUAAUAUACCCCUUUACGUGCACAAGAAAUCUAAUCACCCACCUAAUAUCCUUCGCAAUAUCCCACUAUCUAUCAACAAACGCCCAACUGAAAUAUCAUCCGAUGAGGAAUCAUUUCAACAAGCCUCGCAACAAUACCAGCAAGCACUUCAGAAUAGUGGUUAUGAACACCAGUUAAAGUACAAGCACCCACUUAAUCAUACAACCCCUCGAACCCGAAAUCGAAGACGUAAUAUCAUUUGGUACAAUCCACCAUUUAGUAAAAAUGUGUCAACAAAUAUUGGACAAACAUUUUUGAAUAUCAUCGAUGAUGAAUUCCCGAUAGGCCACCCCCUACCCAAAAUAUUCAACCACAACACUGUUAAAAUAAGCUACAGUUGCAUGCCUAAUAUCAAACAAACCAUCGACGGACACAACAAGACCAAACUGUCACAAACCGCUACAACGAGCGAAGAAAGCACAUGUAACUGUAGAAAGAAAGAGGAGUGCCCAAUGUCCAAAAAGUGUUUGGUCGAAUCCAUUGUAUAUCAAGCUACAGUUUCUACCAAUGACAAUAGUCCACCUCAAACAUACGUUGGUCUGACUGAAAACGCUUUUAAAACUAGAUAUUACAACCACAAAACCUCAUUUACUUUGUACGAGAAAAGGAACUCCACUGAACUUAGUAAAUAUGUCUGGCAGUUAAAGCGCAAAGGAACUGAAUUUCAAAUUAAUUGGCAAACCUUGAAACGGGCCAAACCCUACAGCCCUGCUUCUAAUAGAUGUAAUCUCUGCCUGUGGGAAAAAUACUUUAUUAUAUGUAAACCUGAACUGGCUACUUUGAACAAACGUAAUGAAUUAGUGUCUUCAUGCAGACAUGCGAAAAAAUUUCUUUUAGCUAACAUUUAAAGGGCAUGCACUCGAGACAGACAUAUUUUUGUUUUAAAUAUACCGCGCAAUCUUAAUAGCUUGGCGUUAUGCUGAUGCGUUGUUAAUACUUCCGCGUCCUGUCAAUUUUAUUAAGUAACAAAAUAAUUGCUUUGCAUGCUUUGUAAAUAGGAUUAAUUUAAAGCUUUCAUCCACUUGUACAUAAAUACUGUAGGUUUUUUGCUGUAGUCUUAAGGCUAAUUUAUCUGAUGAGUGCCACAUCUUGUGGUACGAAACUAAUAGUAAUAAAGAUGCCUAGUGGAAUUUGUUGAGUCGUUGCACUUAUUUUAUAUAUGUAUAUGUAUAUGUAUAUGUAUAUGUACAUGUAUAUGUAUGUUAAGUUGUGUAAUUGUACACUCCGUAAUAUGCUAAGAUGAAAAUGUUCUAGAGUGUGUAUUAUAUAAUUUCCAUACCCAGCGCAAGCAGAAAGAUGUUGUCUGCCGCGGCUGGGUCUUGAACCCACGACCUUCGAAUUACUAGAUCGACGCUCUAUCGUUCGACCGUUUAGCUCAGUUGGUAGAGCGUCGAUCUAGUAAUUUGAAGUUCACAGGUUCCAGCCGCGGCAGACAACAUCUUUCUGCUUGCGCUGGUUAUGGAAAUGAUAUAAUACACACUCUAGAACAUUUUCAUCUUAACAUAUUACGGAGUGUACAAUUACACAACUUAACAUAACACUUGCAGAACUAGUAUUGUUCGAUGCUGAAUUAAUAUAAACGAGUAUGUUUAUGACAUUCAGUAUAUAUUUCAUAAUUUCCAGUCUUAAAUCCGUCUGACCGUGUAGCUCAGUUGCUAGUAAUUCGAAGGUCGCGGGUAAGACCCAGCUGCGGCAGACAACAUCUUUCUGUUUGCGCUGGAUAUGGAAAUUAUAUAAUAUACACUCUAGAACAUUUUCAUCUUAUAUAUAUAUAUAUAUAUAUAAAGGUAUAUAAGUUAAUCAACUCAACACAUUACGUUUCGACUUUAUUGUAUUCAUCAAAUAUAAUCCUACUUUACAGGAGAACCCAAUUUAUACCCUCCCAAUUUUGCUAAUUAUGCAUAAUAUGAAUAUAAGUGAUUUACCAUACAAAUAACAAUAUCUUGUUAACUAUAAUUAACAUUGUUACGCAUUCUCUAUGUUCAAUCCCGAAGGAUGCAUUGUCUUUAGUUUGCUUAUCCAAAAUGCCUCACGUCUGUAUAUAUAUAUAUAUAUAUUAACAUUUCCUCAAUAUUUAAUUGCAUGCAUUGUUCUUUGUUUGGUGGAACAUUUAAACCAUUCAUGCAUGUGCAUAAUUACUAAAUACUUUUAAUAUUGUAGCUAUUGAUACACAAGGUGGGAAUCAUUGUUAAUGAAUUAAUAAAAGAGCACAUAAAAUAACUUUAAUAUGAAUAUGUUUGUGAUCCAAGUAUCUGCGCAUCCACUAAAAAAUAGAGCCAUCUAUAUAGCAUGAGAAUUUGAUCUAUAUUAAUGCUAAAUUGUAACUGUAUGUUUCGUUCUCAAGAUAACUCGUCGACUGCGUAUCCACUAGAUUACAGAGCCAUCUACGUAGCAUGAGAAUUUGAUCUAUAUUAAUGCUAAACUGUAACUGUAUUUCUCGUUCUCAAGAUAACUCGUUGACUGCGUAUCCGCGUAUUCUCUAGAAUAUAGAGCCAUCUAUAGAGCAUGAGAAUUUGAUCUAUAUGUCUCGUUCUCAAGAUAAAACUUAAUGUGACUGGUCAGCGGAUUAAAACAUCGUAUCCAUGAUUUUGGAAAGGCAUAGCUUAAAAAAUGGACGGGUAUUCUGCAAUCGCUCCCUAAUAUAUAAAUUAUAUAUUAAAAUGAUGUACUGCAUUUAACAACAUGUCUCUUUCAAACUUUAUGCUUUCAGAAUCAGUUAAGUUUAUAUACUCUAGUAUAUUGCUAUUUGAUGAAGCCAUAUCUUAGUAUUUAUUCAAUUUAUUUUGAGGAAGGUUUGAAAACUUUAAAUUUUACCCAGAGGAAAUUUGAACAGGUUUUUAGAGGGUGGUUGAACACAUUCAUUUACCAUUUCAUGAUCAUUCUCUUAAUAUCGAAAACUACAUUACCUGCAGCAACUGUUAGAGUUUCAAGUAGCAAUUCAUCAGUACUCUCAUCAUCAAAAAGUUUACUUAGUAUGCCUUCAUCAAGUUCUUCCAUUGUACCUUCAAGCAGUGGAAUUUUUUUGCCUUCGUCUGAAGCCAUAAUUUGUUACUAAUUUAAUGGCCUUUAAUGAACAAACUAUAGUAAUAAAGAGAAAUACAAAAUAAACAGAAUAAACCCAUAUGCUUCUAUAACAUAUAGCCUUGCAUAAUAGCACCUAAUACAAUAUUUUACAUUUAAAAAAGGGCAUUGUAGACAACAACAACAACAACAACAACAACAACAACAACAACAAUACAUUUAUUUGUACUCGAACAUUACAGUAACAACACACUAGUAUACUCAGAUAAUUACAAUUGAUGAGUACAGGCCACCUGAAAUAACCAUAAGGGCUAGACGAGUCAGGUGACCUUUAUUAGACAAAAAAUCUAAGUGAAUGGGUUUGGUCAAUUUUAUGCAAUAUUUUAUAGGAAAGCAAACAAGAAACAAGAAACAAAACACCAACAAAUAGCAAACGAAUAGAAAAAAAUAUAUAGAAAAAAGAGCCAAAAUAUAUUCAUCAUUUUAAAUUUUUGAAUGAAUAAGAAGCAAUUAUAUGUUCUUUAAGUUUUCUUUUAAAGGUUUUUAGACACAGAGACUUCAAAGAUUCAUGACAGAGCUCCAAACUUUAGGUCCACAAAAUCUAAUAUUAAAUAUUCCGUAAUUUGUGCGAACUGGUGGGAUAGCAUAUGCAUUUGUAAACGCUAAACGGGUUGUAUAGUCAUGGUUAUUUUUAAUCAAGGUAAAAAAGCCACAAAAAUCAGCCGGGAGAUUACCCGAACCAUACUGAAACAUGAAUGAUGCUGUAUUGACAUAAACUAGAUCCAGAAUUUUUAGCAAGUUUAAUGCCUUAAAUAUUGGCGAAGUGUGCUCACGGAAACCGGAAAAUGUCAUUAUCCUCAUAGCCUUCUUUUGCAGGAUCAAUAAUGGGUGCAAGUUACUUUUGUAUGUAUGUCCCCAUACCAGGACAGCGUACGUAAGAAAUGGGUAGAUUACUGAGUAAUAAACUUGAAUGAGUAUAUCAAUUGAAACAAAAUCACGAAGUUUAAAUAAUAUGCCAAUACCUUUGGAUAUUUUUUUGCAUAACUCAAAGACAUGAUCCUUCCAGUUCAAGUUACAAUCUAUAAUUACGCCAAGAUAUUUGACACUUUUCUUCUCCUUCAUUUUGUUGUCAUGAAUUUUCAAAUUCAUUGAGUAAUUAACUUUCUUUUGUGGUGAAUGAAAAAGGACAAAGUUUGAUUUUUCAAUAUUUAUUGAGAGUUUAUUAGCACAUAACCACUUGCCAACCAAAAUUAAUUGCUCAUUUACUAUUCUUUCUAAAUUUUGAAGAUUAUUAUCAGAAUAAAAUACGUUUGAAUCAUCUGCAAAUAAAUGAAACUUAAGUUUUGGAGCAGAAUUGUUAAAAUCAUUGAUAUAUAACAAAAAUAAUAAAGGGCCUAAAACUGAACCUUGUGGAACUCCACAAGUUAUAGGCUUUUGUUCAGAUAUUACAUUCCCAAUCGAGACAUACUGCUUUCUGUUCGAAAGAUAAGAUAAAAACCAUUUUUGUACUAUUCCUCGUAUUCCACUGUUUUCAAGUUUUUUGAGUAAUAUUGUAUGAUUUACAGUAUCGAAAGCUUUACUCAAAUCAAGAAAGAUACCACAUGAGUACAUUUUGUUUUCUACUGCUUUUUGAAUUUUAUCUGCAAUAAGUAAGAUGGCAUGUGUUGUAGAGUGGUUUGAACGGAAACCAAAUUGGCCUUGAAAAAUUACUUGGUUCUUUUCUAGAAACAUUACAAGUCUCUUAUACAUUAAUUUUUCUAAAAUUUUGUUAAAAACUGAGAGUAAUGAAAUAGGUCGAUAAUUUGAUACAACCGACUUAGAACCUUUCUUAUAGAUUAGUAUCACUCUAGCUAAUUUAAAUUGAUCAGGCACAACCCCUGUUAGAAAUGAGCAAUUAAAGAGAUAAGCAAGUGGGCCAUAGAUCCAGCAAGGCCUGGUGGCUAGGGCAUGCAUAAAUCUUCCCUUGUCAAGCAAAAUUAAUACCAGGCAUCACACUAACAGUGUAAAACAAAAUACAGUACUGCACAUCACGACAGAUGGUCUAUAAAAUACUUCACUUGAAUAUUUAUGAGAUAAUUUAUGAUUUGUGUUUGAUCAAGUAUUUGAUGUUUGACGUUAGCAACUUAGCUAAUAGACACUGUACAAUUUAGGGCGUAAUGCAUAUUGUUUUAUUCUUAUACGUUUCUUUAUGUCAACAUUGGGCCAUCCAUUUAAUAUCCACAACAUAAAAAACAUGUUAUAAAAUAAUAACAUAUAUAAGCAUUGCAUAUUUGCUGCAUUUAUAUGCAGUCUUUUAAUUUAAAAGUUUAUAUAAAUAAAGAGACACUUCGCAAUUUAAAGUCUAUAUCUUACUGUAGUUACCAAUAUUUAAUUACUUUUCAACAAUAAUAACCUGGAACAAUAAUCUUUCUUCUUCCUUGCUGAUGUAUAUAUGAAGCAACAACUGAUGACAACAGAGGCAGAGCUACCACUUGUCAGGGUUAUUCUACAGCUCAGUCUGUGACUCAGUUGUCUCUAGCAGCCAAUCAAAAUGUCCCAUGGGAAAUGUUAUUUUCACAUUGGAACCAUAAUUCACUGCUAUAUUUAGAUUGUUGUUGUUGCAACUGCUAAAUAUAAUCAUGAUGAACCAUUAGAUACAGGGGCAUUGUGGGUCCCAUGUUUUAGGGGGGGGGAGGGCAGCAUUUUUCCAACAAACACAAUUUUUUCUGACGUAAAUACUUAGUAUAUUGGGAAAUGUAAACUUAGUCUGAUAUUUCAUCUAUAUAUUUUUUAUUCAAACAUGUUUUGCAUUGUCAAACAACAAAGAGAAGUAAAAUUGCCACUCGUAUAUGCAGGUAUGCUUGACCACGCGAAGAUUCAACACGACAACAUAACAAAUUUCCCAACGGAUCUCAAAAAUAGGGGGCAUGGCCCCCUCUGCCCCCCAGCCACGGCACUACUGAUUAGAUAUCCUGCGAGGGUGGGUGGCAGAUCCAAAAGAAUCAUUGAUGCAAGCCUUUAGGACCUUUGGUGAAAGAAAAAAUCCUACAUUCCAGGGAUGUAGCUACUGGCAAGUGAACACCCCAAAAUUUCAGAUCAGUGGUAAUUUCAGGUAACAUCAAUCACAGACCGUGAUCAAUGAAAAAAGUGAAGUGACACCACCCACCUCCCCUGUCGACAAGUUCUGGAAAAUGUUUUGUUGACAAAACGGUUAAAAAAUAUGUGUUUGAUAAUGUUUAAUAGGCUUGAUAUGUGGUAGUCUGAAAAUUAGAAUUAUCAUAGUGGAAACUAGCCUCCUACCUGGCAAAAUUUAAAUAGGACAGGGAAAUGGGGACAGAAAGCUAAGUGGAAACAUCUUAGAUGCCUGCUCACAGGCCUUACCUACUAUUCUGUGCCAGUGAUUUCUGGCCAUAUUUAUCAGACGAUUUAUUUGUUUCUUGGUACUUUGUGAAAUAGAGAGUAUUCUGGGAUUCUUUUUUAGCUAAAGUAAACAAAGAAAACAUCUUGUUGAUCACAAGAAAUCGGUAAAUAUUUGGAUGUUUGUCGAACUUUUCAAUUUUAAAAUGCAAAUCAACUGGGUCAAUAACAAUGUGCCAUGUUUCCUCCCAUACAUAUACUGUACAUACAUAUAUAGAUACAUAAACUUUAUUUACAGUAAGUGUCAGAUUAUGUAGGUGGGAUACUAUAAAUACAAAAUAAUUAACUAUUAUUCGCCUCAGGCUCGGUGAUAAUCUGGGGACUAUUCACCAUCAAGUUUGUAACUUUAUAAUAUUCUAAAUAUAUCAGUAAGCCAAGUUGACUGUAAAGAAUUGCUAUAGAAGAUAGCAUUUAAUUGAUCUAUUGAGUCAAAGAGAUUUUUGGAAUACAAAUGUGCUAUUAAAAUAUGUGACCUGCCAUGUAAAAUUGCUAAUUAAUAUCUUUUCUUGGCUGUAUAUAGAAUAUGGUGGCAACGGUAAGUAUUGUCAAUUCAAGUUCUUUUGCUGAAUCUGUCCGUAAGCAUCAUGAGAGGAUAAAUGAGCCUCGUAAGAGGAUAAACGAGCCUCGUAAGAGGAUAAAUGAGCCUCGUAAGGGGACAAAUGGGCCUUGUAAGAGGACAAAUGAGCCUCAUAACUUCACAUAUGUUGACGAAUAUAUAGACAGUCAAAUAUUAGGUAGUACAGAGACCGUGAACCAUCCAAAGUUGCACUUAGCAAAAUCAUAUUGGCUAUGAGAAAAAGACAAGUUCGAAAAUCAUUGAAAAUUAGUUUUUGCAAUCCACUCCCAAGUCAUAAAUUUAAAGAAGAUGUCUACCUAUUUUAAAGAGCUUUGUUAUAAACAUACACACAUGCAAAUUAUAUUCAAAAGAUCUUUUGAUGUUCAUUCCAAACAAUGUAAAUUGGGCACAACCCCUAACAUGGCUAAAUAUUAUCUGCCUAAUAACUUAAAGGUCGAAGUAAAUAUUAUUCCAGUAUAGCAAUUAAGCAGCAUGAUGACUAUAGACUCAAUCGUAACUGAACAUUAAUUUGAACACAACUAUGGUGGCCCAGGUGUGCCACAUACUUUUUUGUUUAUGAAAUCCAAUUUUAACUUGAUUUCAAUUUUAAUUUCAAUUUAAUUUCAAUUCAUUUCUAAUUUCAAUAUAGUUUUAAUUUAGUUUAUUUUUAUUAUUCUUUUAGUUUAUUUUUUUUAUUUUUAUUUAUUUUAUUAUUUAUUAUAUAGUUUUAAUUUAGUAUUAAUUUAAUUCAGUUUAAUUGUUUUUAAAAAAAAAAUAAAAUGAAUUGAAAAUAAUACGUGGCCCAGGCGUGCCAUUCCGGGGGGGACGUAACUCCACUUAAUGCAUCCGCAAACCAGACAGAUCGCGGUCACCAAGUAACUAUGGUUACACUUCAGUCUUCAACUCGUGCAAGAAAUAUAAAUACUUUAAUAGUAUUUCAGUUCUAUAAACUUUCAAAUAAUUCUAUAUCUAUUAUCUAAACCAACGAAAAUGUCAAAGCGGAAGCAGUGGGAUGUGUUUAAGAAUAAAAUGUCCCGCAAAAGGAUGGGAAAAAAGGAAGAAAAAGACGAGACUGAGUAUUUGACAGUACAGCGACUAUCUGCCUCUGUCGAAGGAAAGGCACAAAAAUAUACAAGAAUUGGCCCAUUGACAAUGGUACCGUUUCCACAUGAAGAUAAGACAAUGGAAAAUAUCAAACACGCAUGCAAAGACCAUUUCGAGAUUGAUAAAGGAUAUCAAUGUGACGUUCUUGCGGGGGAGAGAGGACCAUCUUAUACAAAUGUGAAUCAGAUUAAGAACUGGAAACUUAUUCACAUCCGGUUUGUGGAAAAAGAACCCGAGCUGAGAAAGAGCAGAAGUUCUAAAGAAAAGGAAGACCACACUCAAGCACAUAACCUGUCACUACCAAUAUCAUAUGUCAACGUGCCUAGUUGCUCCAAUAUUGCACCGUCGUCUCGGUCUGUAUUCCCUCAGUCUGUCCCUCUCAGUCAACUCAUUAAGAUCGGGAAGUUUAUCCCACCGAAAAAGGACAUUGUCACUUUACAGUUAGAAGCAUUUGAUGUUGAGAGAAGAAGCUGGAAAGAUCCAGUGGAAGUAGUGUUGUCAAUUAGCGUUGAUAAGUUAGCAAGUGGUGCCUGCCGUGAUGCAUUUUUAGCUACUGGUCUCAAGGGAUUGGAUGGAAAGUUUGUGGUCAAACAUUAUAGGUCUGAUCGGGUUGCAGAGCUUGUAGAGCAUUUUCAGUCCCUUGAUAUGCACACUAAAAAAGUGGUACAGAUGCAUGCUCUUGCUAGGCACUUUUUAUUAUUGUUGCGUGAUGGUGCUCCUCUUCAAUUCGGUGAUACAUUCCUCUAUACCAAGCUGUACUAUGCAGAGAUGAAGGGUGAGUUUGUUACAGUAGAGUCCUACAUUGAAGGAAGUUUCAGAAAAUAUGUGAAUAACACUGGCGACAUUGUUCUAAAAGAUGGCAGUGAAAUUGCUAUGAAGGCAGAAUCGUUUGUCCAUUACUCUUUUGUCAAAUCAGGAAAGCAGCUUAUAAUUGUGGAUCUGCAAGGCGUAGGAUUUGUGCUUUGUGACCCAGAAAUAGCAAGUAGCGAGUUAUAUGAUGAAA